GCUCCGAACAGCUGAUCGCGAGGCGCAAUGGCUGCAGCAACCGCCGCGGCUGCGGGGCGCGGGACGGCGGAGAGCGAAGCGGGAGGCAGGGAUCUCGGGGGCGACAGGUAAGGGGAGAGACCCCCCUUUCGCAGACACGCACCUUUGGGUGGGGGGGAAGGGAGGGAAGGAGCCCAGGUGGCUCUUCCCGCACGGGGGUUCCCCGGGGAGAGGCGCGCUCCGUUGCGCCCGGUUGCGAAGGGCGCCUGGGGCGGCUGGAUGCGCGGAAAACGGAGCCCCGGCCGGGCUGAGCUCGCUCGCCUUCUGCGCGGAUGGUCCCGGGUUCAAUCCCCGGCAUCUCCCGGGAUUUGCGGGGAGCGGAUCCCAUCAGGAGAGCGACUGCCCAUUGGCGCAGAGAAUGCCGAAUUAGAGGGACGCCCUGGCAAGGGUGCCCACUGGAAUAAAACAUCGGGGAGGGGGGAGAGGUAAGCACUGUCCCACAUAAUCGUGGCGCAGGUACACCGUUUGAAUGGCCUUGCCUAUCAACUUGGAGGGAGGGGGCUCAAAUAUUUCGUUUGCGCCCUGGCACCUUCCUUUGCGCACCUGAGCACUGCCUCUCUUUGGGUUUCAGUAGUUGGCAUGUGGAAGGGCUCAGUGGUCAUGGAGUUGGAAGGUACCAUGAGGGUCAUCUUGUCCAACCCCCCCGGCCAGGAAUCAUUUGGGCCAACCUGGGGCUCGAACCCACAACCUUGAGGUUUAGAGUUUCAUGAUCUAGUGACUGAACUAUGUGGGAAGACUAGGAGCCCACUGGGGGCAUACAAUGGAGCUGGCGAGUUUGGCCUCUUACCAGUCAUCCCCAAACUCGUCCCUCCAGCUGUUUUGGGACUACAACUCCCAUCAUCCCUAGCUAACAGGGCCAGUGAGAAUUGUAGUCCCAAAACAGCUGGAGGGCUGAGUUUGGGGAUGCCUGGUCUCUACCAUAGGAACCAACUCCUAGGGGCCAAGGUCCCUUUGGCCCCCCCCAAAAAUAAAAUGCCCCCCGAGUUGAUGGGCAUUGCCAUUGAAAUGAUGUGCAUGCACUGCGUCAUGUGAUUGAUUACAUGGGGUGGGGUUUACCUGCCCCCGUCAAUCUUUUAUUCAAGUUGGUCCCCCUGGUGCUUGCCAAGGAAGGAGGCCCAGAGGGGCACCCAAAAACGCAUCUCUCACCUCUGGCUCACACGCUCCCUGGGCUGUCUGAGUGAGGCACGCAGGCUCCUUUGGGUGCCUUGGCAGAGAAGUACAAGGUGGGGGCAGCAGUCAGGAUGACAACUUGGAUAAAAUAUUUGCGGGGGGGGGGGGGGAGGCGGGUAAGCCCUGCCCCAUAUAACGGAUCACAAUCCACAUACAGCAUUUGAAUGGCAAUGCCAGUCAACUUUCUUGGGGGGCUGGCCCCCUGAAAUACUUUAUUGGGGGGGGUGAAGGGUGUGUGCACAUAGCUUCUUGAAGGGCCUAGGAAGAAGAGGAAUUUAGGCAGAAGGAGAGAUUUAGACAGGCUAGGAGACCUGAAUUUCACAUAACAUGUCAAAAACAACGAGGCACUUUUGACACCUUAAAGACUAGUCAAUUUUAUUACGGAUUAAACUUUUUGCAGACCAGGGCCCAAUUCAUCAGAUGUAGCACACUUAUUAAAAUCUGUUCGUCUUUACGGUGCCCCAAGAUUGUUUUCGCUACAGCAGACUUAACACCCUUUGAAUUGUGUUUGCAAGUUUUGAGUGCUUGUAUAUAUCAUUGUCCUCAUCCGGUGAUGACCUUUGGGAUAGGAUAGGCGUUUAAACAAGCAAAUAAUACUGACCACGGACAAGGUCAAACAUUGCUCUUUCUGUUGCCGCAAACUCUCUUCACACCAGAGUCGUAGCUGAGUGAUCUUGUGCCCCUGGCAGAACUGUCCAGAUUGGGCCCCUAGGUAAAGGUAAAGGGACCCCUGACCAUUAGGUCCAGUCGUGACCGACUCUGGGAUUGCAGCGCUCAUCUCGCUUUAUUGGCCGAGGGAGCUGGCGUACAGCUUCCGGGUCAUGUGGCCAGCAUGACUAAGCUGCUUCUGGCAAACCAGAGCAGCGCACGGAAAUGCCGUUUACCUUCCCACUGGAGUGGUACCUAUUUAUCUACUUGCACUUUGACGUGCUUUCGAAAUGCUAGGUUGGCAGGAGCAGGGACCGAGCAACAGGAGCUCACCCCGUCGUGGGGAUUCGAACCACGACCUUCUGAUCAGCAAGUCCUAGGCUCUCUGGUUUAACCCACAGCACCACCCGCAUCCUAUGUUGCAUUCAUAGCUCAGUGUAGAACAUGGUUCACCUCCCAUCCUCAGUUAAUCCGCACAAUGACCCUGUGAGUUAGGUUAAGAGGUUGCUACGAUCACCCAGUGAAACUUCAUGGCUGAGUGGGGAUUUGAACCCUGAUCUUCCAUGUCCUAGUCCGACACUCUAACCUCUACACCACACUGCCUUCCUGGAGUUAUUCUGCUGUGGGCCAGCUCUAUAAAUCAAGCAAGUGAAUCAAUAUGGGGAAAAGCCAAAUGUCACUUAGAGAAGGAUCUGAAAUGCCAUAUGUUUCGGUCUAUAAGACGCCCCCAUGUAUAAGAGGCCCCCUAUUUUGGGGGGACUCAGAUUUAAGAAAAUGGGGGGAGAUGUGUCUGUGUAUAAGACGCCCCCUAAUUUUUGACAUUAUUUUUUAGGGAAAAAACCUAGUCUUAUACAUGGAAAAAUACAGUAUUUUCAUUGAAGCUUGAAUUUGUUUACUUCUGGAUUGUUUCAUUUGAUGUUUUCAUGCGUUGUAAACCGCUUUGAGAUUUUUCCCCUUUAAAAUAUAAAGUGGUAUAAAAAUGAAAUUAUUAAUAAUAAUGGUAAAUUUCACCACGAAAAGCUGCCUAGACAUUCCUUUUUUGUGUCUGUAACCUAGGUUUAAGGUGCCAUUUGGCGAUUAGCUUAUAUAUCUGAAUUCCUAACACUGUCAGCUGGGCUGGGCUUUUUCUUUGUUUUGCCGCUGUAGGUCUGGAAUUUAAUCCACUGUGGGGAUUAGCCUUCUGAGAAGCAUGGGCAGUUUUAACCUUUUAACUUGCACGCCUGGCUGUUUUCGAAAACACCUGUGAUGUUGUCCUGAAUAUCACGCACAGGGCUCUGGAGUUGCACAUUUUGGCCAACAAGCCAAAGGCAAAUGUGUGUCCCGCCCCACCAUACCCAAAGUUUAAAAAGAGGAAGCUUCCAGCAUGAUGUCAGUGCUCUGGGAGUUUGUCCGUCUCUGUAUACAUACAUACAUACAAAGAAUAUAUCUGAAUGACAAAAAACAGACAACACACACAAAGAGAAAGGCAAAACAACUAAGUUCAACGAAAAGAGCUUUAGAUAAUGAAGUCAAAAGAAAAAGUAAUAUCAAGAGUGAAUGAAAAUGAUGCAAUUAUGAAUCUACAACCGGGGAAUAAAAUACAGCUUGCAUGGUGCAAUGAAAGAGAUAGGCAAUUCCCUCCCGCCUCUUUUUUUUGUAUUUACAGAUGCCACCAAAUAAAAUCAUAUUUCUAAGGGAUUUGUGACACAUGUGACAGUGCUGUGCUAUAUUUAAUAAAUAAAAUCCCCACAAACAGAGGUGAAAUGAGAAGGCUCAACAUCACCCCAGCUGCAGAAAAAUAACAUGCCAUUUUUUUCUGAAAAAGCAAUGAACAUAACUGUUUUUAGAGAAUAUUUACAGUCAUACCUCAUGUUGCGUACUCUUCAGGUUGUGUUUUUUCGGGUUGCAGACUGCCGAAACCUGAAAGUACCAGAACGGGUUACUUCCGGGUUUUGGCAGUCGCGCAUACUCAAAAGCGCCGAAUUAGGCUUUGCACAUGCGCAGAAGCACCAAAUCACAACCCGUGUGUGUGCAGACAUGGGUUGUGAACGUGCAUCCCUGCAACUUUCUUGCACAGCUUAGGGGCCGCCACAGAGAAGGCCCUCUCCCAAGCCACCCCCCAGCCUCUGAGGGCAGAGGAACUAGUAAGAUGGCCCCAUCUGCCAAUCUUAGCACCCCAGAGGGACUGUAGGGAGGAAAAUUUUCAGAUAUUUGUUUGGGAAAAUGGCCUCAGGCCCCAGGAUCUCGAUGGAGGCCCUCCCAGCCUCCAUAUCUGGGUUCGUGCAAUAUUUUGAACAGCUGCACAGGUGUGUGGAGGGCAGGGGAAGACCAGCAACUGGCUAAAAUGUCAGUGCUUUCCAGAAACUAAUGCUAAACCAUUGACUAACUUCCUGCUGAGUUACAGUAUGGACCUAUUAUUCCUCCAGCCCUUCCUCUCCAGAGAUUGGAGCACUCUCUUAGCCUGACAACAAGCCUGCGAGGUAGGCAAGGUAUAUGUUGCACUACUGCGGAAGAAGAGAAGGAUGUGUUGUACGGGAAAGGAAUCCAGUUUCUCAAGAACGUUCAGCUUUUAAAAGGAAAAAGAACCCAAAGCUUAUCUCCGAUGGUUUUCGUGUAAAUACAUUUUCAAGGCGUCGUUCCAAAUCCUGGCAGGUCCGCUAUCUGGGGAGAAAAAUCACAUUUUUCCAAGCAACAAUAGCCUGCAAUUUGAAUGCUGGGGGGGGGGGGAGCAACAUCCUUGAAAACAGAAGCAUUUCCUUGAGGGGUAAUUUCUGAAUUCCACGCAGUUCAGUUAAAAAUAGCCCGUUGAUAGAUUGGGUGGAGCUCCACUGAGCCUCCAAGUUCCCAGUCCAUAUGGAACAUCUCUCUGAAGCAAGCCAUGCUGGAACAAACCGGGGGUCUGCUGGAGCCCAGCCGCCCAUGAAUCCCCUCUGGUUUAGCAGGCGUUGUGCAGGAGAUCUUCCUCCCGGUGGAUCGCCCUGAAAAGUUCCUUUAAGAUGUUUCAGUUCUUGCAGUUCUGCUCCAAGGAAAGCUUCCUUGCUUCUCCCCUCUUCCAUUCACUGUUGAAAUUCAGAUUGUUGGCACUUGGGACUAGGAGGGAUGUGUUUUGGUCUUAUUGACAAGAGUGUGACAUAUGCACUGAUGGUUCUAUGCACUGAAUGGCCAUGCUUCCUACUCUAAAGGCAACGAAGGCCUGUGUCCAAUGCUUGCCCUACUCACGGUAGGCCCAUUGUAGGUAAUGACUGGAAGCGGUCAUUGAGACCACAUAACACCGGUCUUGAAAGACCUACAUUGGCUCCCAGUACGUUUCUGAGCACAAUUCAAAGUGUUGGUGCUGACCUUUAAAGCCCUAAACAGCCUCGGUCCAGUAUACCUGAAGGAGCGUCUCCCCCCCCCCCAUCGUUCUGCCCGGACACUGAGGUCCAGCGCCGAGGACCUUCUGGUGGUUCCUUUGCUGUGAGAAGCCAAGUUACAGGGAACCAGGCAGAGGGCCUUCUCGGUAGUGGCACCCGCCCUGUGGAACGCCCUCCCAGCAGAUGUCAAAGAGAAAAAUAACUACCAAACUUUUAGAAGACAUCUAAAGGCAGCCCUGUUAUUGUAUUUUAAUGUUUUGUUGGAAGCUGCCCAGAGUGGCUGGGGAGACCCAGCCAGAUAGGCGGGGUAUAAAUAAUAAAUUAUUAUUAUUAUUAUUAUUAUUAUUAUUAUUAUUAUUAUUAUUAUUAGCAUGGUUACCUUACUGCAAUCUUAGGCUUGGAUUCAGCUAUGUACCCUACCCUGGAAGUAAGACCCAUUGCAUGCUAUGGGCCUUCUGAGAAAGCAUACCGAGUCUCUGUGACUGCGAGAACGACUUUGGAAACAAGUGUUCCUGGAUAUUGUUUCUCUUACCAAAGCAUGCAAUCGCAUUCCCCUGCUGCUGGCUUAUUUUCAAUACUUGCUUUUUGGCAGCGGGAGCAGAGCAGAGACACUGGCAGGCCUCUGGACAGAUCCUGUAAACAGAUCAGUUUUGUUUGGCCCUUCGCAAUUUUUCAGCUGUGUUUGCUCGGAAAGGGGGAGGGAUAUUUCCAAGUCGUAAAUGAGAGGCAGACGCCAUGCAAUAUUGUUCUCUCGGUGUAUGGAUGUGAUGGCCCAUCUAUAGCUACAUGCAUGGAGAUCUCGCAUGUAAAGCUACCACUGGAUGGCACCAGCUUCAUAUGGAUUGCAGAAGCUGUGAAGUGGUCAGUUUGUGGGGUGAAACGGCUUUCUCCCGGCCUCUAGAGCACUGUCUGGAGAAGGCAGCGAUGCCCAAGAAAAUAUAAGUUGAUCCCUGAAAUAGAGACCUAGUUCUCACUGAAAUAGUAAACUGGUGUCCUGGCAGUACCACUUCGUAUUGCCAGUAGGGUUUGCAUUACUGGCCAUACACCAUUUCCCCACCUCAUAGAAAGCUAGCAUCUCAGCCCUUCUCCUGGACAGCUAAGUUUCUUUUUGCAGGGAAUUGUAUUUUAUUUUUAUUGUUUUCUAGCAAGGAGACACGCGAGCCUCUACAUGCAUUCUGAAGUGGGUUGCAGCCCAGAUAAAAGGUAAAGGUAAAGGGACCCCUGACCAUUAGGUCCAGUCGUGACUAACUCUGGGGUUGCGCGCUCAUCUCGCUCUAUAGGCCGAGGGAGCCGGCAUUUGUCCGCAGACAGCUUCCGGGUCAUGUGGCCAGCAUGACUAAGCCGCUUCCGGCGAACCAGAGACGCGCACGGAAGCGCCGUUUACCUUCCCGCCAGAGUGGUACCUAUUUAUCUACUUGCACUUUGAGGUGCUUUCAAACUGCUAGGUUGGCAGGAGCAGGGACUGAGCAACGGGAGCUCACCCCAUCCCGGGGAUUCGAACCGCUGACCUUCUGAUCGGCAACUCCUAGGCUCUGUGGUUUAACCCACAGCGCCACCCGUGUCCCUAUUGCAGCCCAGAUAGCUCAGUCUAAAAGCACGAGAUUCUCUUAGUCUCAGGGGCACGAGUACAAGCCCAAUAUUGGCUGAAAGAUUCCUGCAUUGCCUGGGCCAGAGGGUUGGGCUAGAUGACCCUCGCGGACCCUUUGUGACUCAAGCUUCGAGCCACAGCUUGAAUCCCUUCAUGAGAACCAGAGCAUUCGCUGAGAUUAAUGUGCCGUUCAACAAGACAGCGUCCUUUCCGCCCACUCUUAUUUGGACGGCGCUGCUUUCAAUAUAAACCAUUAGCCUAGGCAAACACCCCUUGCUUAUCUUUUGUGGUUGGUGCCAAGCUGCCAUGAGUCUGCAUUUUUGUGUGUGGCAAGUGAGGAUCCCAGUUGCUUCACCAUGUGUUUACUGGAGACAAGGCGGCUGGCGUCCCUUGUUUUGUUUCUUUGAGGAAGGUGCCUGGUUGCUCUUGUGCCACUAGGGGGAGAUGUAAAUCCUGCAGCUCGACUGGAGAGAGGGCCACGAUUCAGCAACUCUCACUCAAUGUACAGUAGUACCAGGGCCGUCUUAAGCAUAUGCGGUGCUGGGGUGCAAAGAUCUGCCCAGUGCCAUCCCCUCAGGUUCCCCAGAGUUGUCAAACUUUUCUUUUUUUAGGGGACUAACACCAUGCUUUUCCCAGUAGUGAUGUAUGGAAGUGAGAGCUGGACCAUAAAAAGAAGGCUGAUCGCCGAAUAAUUGAUGCUUUUGAAUUAUGGUGCUGGAGGAGACUCUCGAGUGUCCCAUGGACUGCAAGAAGAUCAAACCUCUCCAUUCUGAAGGAAAUCAGCCCUGAGUGCUCACUGGAAGGACAGAUCCUGAAGCUGAGACUCCAAUACUUUGGCCACCUCAUGAGAAGAGAAGACUCCCUGGAAAAGACCCUGAUGUUGGGAAAGGUUGAGGGCACAAGAAGAAGGGGACGACAGAGGACGAGAUGGCUGGACAGUGUUCUCGAAGCUAGCAGCAUGAGUUUGACCAAACUGUGGGAGGCAGUGGAAGACAGGAGUGCCUGGCGUGCUCUGGUCCAUGGGGUCAUGAAGAGUCGGACACGACUAAACGACUAAACAACAACAACACCAUGCUUAUCUCUGCUCAGGAAAAGAAGAAAGGAAACAGGUGCCUGGGGCUGCAAAGAUGAAGGAAACGGACUAUGUGGGGAGCAGGAUUUAAAUCCAGACUCACACGCUUAAAAAAAAAGAAAUCCCCCGUAAACGCUGCUAAUAGAAUCCAGCCAGAUGGGUAGGGUAUAAAUAUAUUAUUAUUAUUAUUAUUAUUAUUAUUAUUAUUGUCAGGGGUUCAGGGACAGAGGCACAGGGUAGGCAGGAGAUGGAGAGCGAUGGGGAUGAAUCCCAGGACAGCGAGGAAGAGGAUGACAAUGACUCAAGAGAUUCCAUGAGUCUUUCCAGCGAAUCAGAGGAUUCCCAGAAGGGGGCGCCGGUGGUCAAGGCCAGGGGAGCCCCAGGGGGGACGUGUCAGGAGCAGGGGGCCAGCGGGGGAUCCCAAAGUGGCAGCUGGGCGUCAGGAUAGCCUCCCCGCCAGAGUGCAGUGAAGGGGGUGGAGGUUUCAGUGUAUCAGGGGAAGCGGCUCCGGCAGCAGAGAAGGGAGGGAGGUCGGAGCAAGCCAUCCUCCCGGAAGGGGAGGGGAGUAGUGAAGGGAGUAGUGUAGCUGUUAAAAGGAAGGUUAGAGGCUGGGCGCGCGCGCAAAGUAAAAAUGAAGAGGCGCGCUCAAGUAAAGGGAGCCCGGAGGAGGGGCCAGGUCCCAAAGCCCGCAGGAGGGGCAAGAGCAGUCUGGGGAUUCCGCGUCAGAGGAAUCCAGGAGGGGCGAAACCCCAGCGGGCAGAAAGACCCUGCGGAAAAGGAAAGAGAGAAAGAGGUGGAGCAGCGCAAGCCUCUUAAACUGGUGCAGGGGAGGGACUGAUUCAGAGGGGACUUCAGCGGUCUAAGCGUAGCAGACGUAGGGCUGCGCGCCUCGGAUGUGAAGCAAACAGUGAACUGCAAUAAACACUUUUGUAUAUAAGAAGAGAUAGGCGUUGGUCUUUUGUGAGCUGAGACUUGAGGCAGCCCUGACAAUUAUUAUUAUUAUUAAUAAUAAUAAUAAUAAUAAUAAUAUACCACCUUUUCCUCCAAGGUGCUCAAGGUGGGGUACGUGGUUCUCCCUCCCAUUUUAUCCUCAAAACAACAACCCUGUCAGGUAGGCCAGGCUGAGAGAUGGUGACUGCCCCAAGGUCACCCAGUGUGCUUCAUGGUGGAGGGGGGAUUCGAACCCUGGUCCCAGUCCGACACUAACCAUUACACCACAGAGGCUUUCUGUUUCAGCGUCACACAUCUUAAAUCUUUAAUCUUAUGGUGAACAUCGUCAUUAUUUUUAAAAAUCAUUUUUAUUGGUUUUCCCAAUACAAAGUCGUAAACAAAGAAUAAAAAAGUAUAUUCAAAUAAAGAGAUUCCUCCAAAUAUCCGGACUCUUCCCCGCCCCAUCCACCCUGUGGUUUCCCAUUUUGAACACUUAUUACUGCAUAUUCUUUCAUACUCCAUUUUUUUAUAUCAAACCACUUUGUCCAUGGUAAUUGCUAAACUACAAGUGAGAUCAAAAUCCUGCUAAUGUUUCCAUCUGCUUACAGUGGUCUCCUAAGUAACUUAUAAAUUUUUCCCAUUCUUUUAUAAAGUUUUUGUCCUCUUGGUUCCCAAGUUUUCCAGUCAGUUUUGCCAUCUCGGCGUAGUCCAUCAGCUUGAUUUGCCAUUUCUCUCUGGUAGGGACUUCUUUCCAUCUCUGGGCCAGUAACAUCCGGGCAGCUGUUGUUCCAUUCAUAAAAUGUCUCUUCUGUUCCUUUGAAAUAUCAGUACCUAUAAUUCCUAAUAGAAAAGGAAUUAACAAAAGUUAUUUUUUGUUAAUUUGGGUUCUUAACAAAGAAAUUUGGUUUCUUAACAAAAGUUAUUUUAAACAUUUUCUUCCUUUCAUUAUAUAUCAUCUCCCAGAAAGCUUUUCUUACCUUACAAGUCCACCACAUAUGAUAAAAGUUGCCUUCUGUUUCUUUACAUUUCGAACAAGUAUUUGUAGUUGUCCUAUAUACAUUACGGUGAACGUCAUUUGAUCCAUCUGUCAAGCUGCCCCACGCAGUUACUUCCCACAUGCUUUGUGCGAUUUGGAAUCAGUGUUCCCAUUUUUUAUGUGUGGAAAACUGAGGCCAAGAUGUUACACUCAUUCGUUGUGUCUGUAGGUCACACCCAAGCACACCUCUGUUCUUCUGCAUAAACUAGAACGCAUUGUGCCUCUUGGAUAAAGGGCAGGUCAGCCAACAUAAGCUUUGUGGAAACAUCUGAACAAAAUGGGGCGAGCUCAAAGUUAGGCUUAUUUGGGACAGUAGCCUUGCCACCCACAGAAUUUUUUACUGGGGAGGGGGAAAAGGGGGAGAGCAGGCUAGUUUUCUCACCCGACCCCAAUAUAAGGAGCAUUUGCUCUCGUAUCUCAGGUUCUACAAAUGCUAAAAACUUUGGCAGUCUCUUGUUCAAUGAAAUCUUGCCCCCCACCGCAUGCCCCAAUCAGCUCUGGGGAUGCCCACUAAUACUCAAGCAGAUUUGAGGAAGGCGGAAGGGGGCCAGUUCUGUGGACCAUAAGUGUUCUAACGCUUUAAAGAUGCUCUCAAGGCAGAACUUUUUAAAAAAUGCAGUACAGUCACAGAUAACUGGGAAACACUGGCCUGCAAGUGCUCCAAUUGAACAGAGCUAUUGCACAAGCAACCUUACUGUAUACUUGUGAAACAUGGACCACUUAUAAAUGCCAUCUCCAACUCCUCAAAAGAUUCCAUCAAUGGUGUCUCCGAAAAUUUUUACAUAUCACUUGGGAAGGCAGGAGAACUAAUGCCAGUGUACUGGAAGAAGCAAAGAUCACCAGUGUUGAAGCAAUGAUUCUUCAACAUCAACUUCGUUGGACUGGUCAUGUUGUGUGAAUGCCUGAUGAUCGUCUUCCAAAGCAACUACUCUGUUUCGAACUUAAAAAUGGAAAGCAUAAUGCUGGUGGUCAGCAAAAGAAGUUUAAAGACUCUCUCAAUGCAAAUCUUGUAAAAAUGCAGUAUAAACACCGACAAUUGGGAAACACUGACCUGCGAGCGCUCCAAUUGAAGAACAGCCUCUACCAAAGGUGUUGUGGGUUUGAAGACGCUUGAACUCAGGACGCAAGGAAGAAACGUGCUAAGAGGAAGGCACGCUUGGCAAAUCCACACCGUGAUCAACUCCCGCCUAGAAACCUAUGUCCUCACCUUGGAAGGACAUGUGGAUCUAGAGUUGGCCUCCACAGUCACUUAUGGACUCAGUGUUGAAACCAUGUUUAUGGAAGACAAUCUUACUCGGCUACGAGUGAUCGCCAAAGAAGAAGAUACGUUUUAACAGAGGAAGAGCACUGGAUGAUACCAUUAAGGGGGUGGGAAUUCAAAUGAAAGCUGGGGAUUUCACCCCUUGGCACCCAUUGAUAGCAAGCAAAUUUCUGCCUUUCAUAGGCAAGGGUUGCACAAGGCGGAGAGGCCUUCUCUGAUUUUGGCGACAUGGUGGAAUCUUCCAACUCAUCCAUUGGUUUUGUUAACUGAGAAAGAAGGAACUGAGCAGUUAGUCUUGGUAUCUAUUCAAUUUUUAUUUAGCAGGAUUUAUAUAUCACUUUGUCAAAAUAAUAUCAUUCCCUCAACGGUUCACGUAAAAGAUGGAAGAUAGUCACAAGCAAAUACUUCUGAGAUCAAAACACAUUUUGAAAACACCUGGCCGUAAUAAAAUGUAUCACAGUAUAGGGGAAAAUCCUAUAUUUUUAAAGACAAAUGUGCACCAUAAAAAAUGCACAAGUCUCAGUAGGCUCAAAAAGCACUUUUUAGCUGGCGCUGAAAACAGUACAAGAGGUUAAUAUUAAUAGGCUGGGAGUUCCAGAAAACAGGGGAUGCCAAUAUUGAUUUCUUGCAAGUGCGUUACAAACAAAGUGGUUGAGUAUUGAGUGCUUUUCAAAUGGAUCUGGAGGCAGAGGAAUUGAGUGUGGGUUUGGUUGUUGUUGUUUUGUAUCUUGUUGUUUGGCAAAAACUUUCAAGGCCACUAAAAGUCACAGUCCAAGGAUGUGAACAUUAAACUCUCAACUCACAAAACGACAGCAGUGAUUUCAUGGAAUGCUCUUUGUGAGAUGGCUCUGUUUGCCGGCUGAAAACAUUCCCUCUCUGCGCAGGCUUUGGGGGGGGGGAGAAUAAUAAUAAUAAUAAUAAUAAUAAUAAUAAUAAUAAUAAUAAUUUAUUUAUACCCUGCCCAUCUGGCUGGGCUUCCCCAGCCACUCUGGGCGGCUUCCAACAAAGAUUAAAAAUACAUUAAAAUGUCACACAAUAAAAACUUCCCUGAACAGGGCUGCCUUCAGAUGUCUUCUAAAUGUCAGGUAGUUGUUUAUCUCUUUGACAUCUGAUGGGAGGGCAUUCCACAGGGCGGGUGCCACCACCGAGAAGGCCUUCUGCCUGGUUCCCUGUAGCUUUCCUUCUCGCAGUGAGGGAACCGCCAGAAGGCCCUCGGCGCUGGACCUCAGUUUUAGGGCAGAAUGAUGGGGGUGGAGACGCUCCUUCAGGUGUACUGGACCGAGGCUGUUUAGGGCUUUAAAGGUCAACACCUAUAUUAUUAGAAAGGCAGUUCUGAACAUCAGAAGAGCCAUCCUGCUAGAUCCAGCCAGUGGUCCAUAUUGUCCACUGUUCUUUCAGUGACCAACCAGCUGCCUCUAAAAAGCCUGCAAGACAGAUCUGAGAAAAACAAGAGCAUUCUCUCUACUUGCAAUCCCCAUCAGCUUGAAUUCAGAGUGGCAUCUUUGGCUCGGCGUUUCAGCUGCUCCUCUUGUUCCAUUAAUUGGAUGGCAGUCACCUUUUAUAGUUUGAGGAUUUGGCAUGCAACCUCUCCCUGCAAAAUACUGAUGCAAUCAACGGCACUUCUUGGCUGAGUAAACCUCACCUGGGAAUUUCGACUGUGCUGUUUCAGGUAAAUGUCUCGUGGUGAGGUGGAGUGAUUGCCUCUGGCUUUAAAAGAGGCUGUUGCACGACCGCUCCUAAAGAACACAACUUUGGGUGAAACUGGGGCGAAUGUUUAUUGCCCAGUUGCCAACAUUCCUUUUGAGUACAAGGCGAUCAAGAAAGUAGUCGCAGCACAAUGAUAGAGACAGGCUUGGAAGAUACAGGUUAUCUUGACCCAUUUCAGUCUGGUUUCAGGAUGGAACUGGCCUUGCCGUCCCUGACAGAGAACCUUUAUCAGCAAAGGGACGUCGAGAGUGUGACCUUGCAUUUAGCACAGCCGCACCAGAAAUUUGCAACACUGCUCCUAGGGAAGUCAGCCAGACUCCCACAGCCCUGAUAUUUCAUUUUCAGCUGAAAAUGUAUCUUAUUUCUUUUGCCAAGUGUUUGAUACGAUUCAGCUCAGUUGGCAGAACACAAGGCUCUUCAUCUCAGGGCUGUGAGUCUGAGCCCCGUGUUGGAUUCUGUGACUCUAUGUAGUGUUGGUUGCUUGUUCUGUGUUUAAUAGUUUUAUGGUGUUUGAGCGAUUUCAUUGUACAUAGACUUAAUAUUUUUAUGAGCUGCCUGUUUAUAAAUAUUAAUAAUGGCAGCAAUAAAAAUUAGCAGCGUAGGAGAAUAACAUUGUCUUCACCAGGCAGAAGGCCUUCUUGGUAGUGGCACCCACCCUGUGCCCUCCCAUCAGAUGUCAAGAAAAUAAACAACUAUCUGACUUUUAGAAGAAAUUUGAAGGCAGCCCUGUUUAGGGAAGUUUUUAAUGUUUGAUGUUUUGUCGUGUUUUUAAUAUUCUGUUGGGAGCUGCACAGAGUGGCUGGGAAAACCCAGCCAGAUGGGCGGAAUAUAAUUAAAAAUUAUUAUUAUUAUUAUUACACUCAAGAGGUAGCAUAGUAAGUUUCUCUUUUGAGUGUAUUGUACACAACCCAGGUGCCACCAGUGAAAAGGCCCUGUCUCCUCACUUCCUAUAAAGGACUGUGGAAUGGAAGGUGAGAUUCAAUUCUGAUCUCAUCUUUGCGUGAUGGAUCCCAGCAGAAGUCAUUGUGGCCACUUUGCCUUGUCAUUCAUAUUGUAAUCCUCCUGAGGCAGGGACCUUCUUAACUCACGCCACCCAGUUAUGUUAGUGGUAUAUGCUACAGUACUAACACUGUUUAAGAACAAUAGAUGAUAUGCCUUGUGGGACACCUUUGGGAGAAGAAAGGGCUAAGGAGUAAGCCCUAUACAAAUCCGGAACAGAAUUCUUAAGAUGGUUGGAUGGCAUCUUGAAUGCCUCCUUCCAGCAGCUACGGCAGCCAAGCCGGUGCCAAACGUAUUGCUUUCCUUUCUUUGGGACCACAUCAGCGAGGCCGAGAGGAGGGGUCUUGUCGUCUGGACAGACCAGGACCUCUGGACACACUGCCCAGGCUUGCACCCUAGGGGAGUCACUACAAAGACAGCAGGAAAAAAAAUCUGAAUUACAUUAAAUAACAUAGUCACUUUAUAGCCACAGAUGCAGGUGGCGCUGUGGGUUAAACCACAGAGCCUAGGACUUGCCGAUCAGAAGGUCGGCGGUUCGAAUCCCCGCGACGGGGUGAGCUCCUGUUGCUUGGUCCCAGCUCCUGCCGACCCAACAGUUCGAAAGCACACCAGUGCAAGUAGAUAAAUAGGUACCGCUCUGGCGGGAAGGUAAACGGCAUUUCCAUACACUGCUCUGGUUCGCCAGAAGUGGCUUAGUCAUGCUGGCCACAUGACCCGGAAGCUGUACGCCGGCUCCCUCGGCCAAUAAAGCGAGAUGAGCGCCACAACCCCAGAGUCGGCCACGACUGGACCUAAUGGUCAGGGGUCCCUUUACCUUUACGUUUACUUUACAGCUCUUCCCUAGAGUUAUGGGUUGAUUUAGCAAAAGAUGUGUUAAUAUGUGUUAAUAUCCCUCCCCCCAUAGAUGGUGUUUCUUGCAUAGCUCAUCAUCUUUGUAGCUCAUCACGGCUGUGAAUUGCACAAUUGUGUACUUCUCCAUAUUAGCUGGCCUGGUCAUGUGAGGUUGGUCAAUCAGUGGACUGACCAGAAGACAUCAAGUAUUUGAGCAAUUUAAUUUCCAAACUUGUUUAGGUACUGCUGCUUUGGUUCCAUGAACUCACCCCAAGGGCCCCCUGUCCUGCCCCAAAAGAGGACGCUGCUUCAGCACCAGUAAUUACAGGCCGCUUAGUUUAGGUCUCGCCAACCAAAUGUUUGGACUACAACUCCCAUCAUCCCCAGCCAACGCAGCUAAUGGGAGUUGUCCUCCAAAAUGUCUGGAGGUCACUAGGUUGGCAAAACCUGAUGUCGUUGAUGUAUUGCUUAGGAAGAGGAAGAGUACAGGAAAGGAUGAGACAAUAGUAUGAGACAUCACCGCUAGCACACUUGCUGCUGCUUCCUGGCAUGUGACCUUGGGGGGGGGGGACCGCAAGGGCCCCCAAAAUAUGUUUUGUAUGAGAAACCUAUAAAAAGCCCCAACUGAAUGAGAUAUUGGCAUUCUGUUAAAAUCCUUGGUUCAUAAUAGUUUCCAUUCGUUCAUAAAAGACGCAUAGCCUAGUUACUGCUUGUACGAAAGAAAUACGAAAGAUAAGGCAUUUGGGGAGGGAACUUCUGAAGAGUAAAAUUAUGGGAGUCUGGCUGUGCCAGCUUACCAAGUACGACUCCCCUUAUGUAGGCUUGUUAUCUAGGUGAACAUAAAUCUCGGACUACAAUUCUCCUUUCUUUAGUAUGUAGGCUUGUAUCUAUGUAGGCUUCAAAAGUUUAGAAGUGAGGGGCCCUAGAGGGGCUGGACACACGUCAAGUUGCAGGCUGGACAUCCAGAAAGUUGUACCCAAUGUGUUUUUGCCAACUACCAUCUGCUAAUGUUUGCAGCAUUUUGAUUGGAUCUUAUGUGAAUUCUUUGUCUGUAAACCCAUCACUUGGGAAGACAGGCAGACUAAUGCCAGUGUACUAGAAGAAGCAAAGAUCACUGGUGUUGAAGCAAUGAUUCUUCAACAUCAACUUCAUUGGACUGGUCAUGUUGUGCGGAUGCCUGAUGAUCGUCUUCCAAAUCAGCUACUCUAUUCUGAACUUAAAAAUGGAAAGUGUAAUGCUGGUGGUCCACAAAAAAGGUUUAAAGACUCUCUCAAGGCACAUCUUAAAAAAAUGUAGUAUAAACACUGACAAUUGGGAAACACUGGCCUGCAAGUGCUCCAGUUGGAGAACAGCCCUUACCAAAGGUGUCAUCGACUUUGAAGAUACUCGAACUCAGGACGCAAGGGAGAAACGUGCUGAGAAGAAGGCACGCUUGGCAAAUCCACACCGCGAUCAACUCCCGCCCGGAAACCUAUGUCCCCACUGUGGAAGGACGUGUGGAUCCAGCAUUGGCCUCCACAGUCACUUACGGACUCAUUGUUAAAACCUUGUUUAUGGAAGACAAUCUUACUUGGCUACGAGGGAUCGCCAAAGAAGAAACCCUAUAAAAGGUCCGGGGUGUGUGUGUUUGUAACACACGCCCGUUCAGCCUUUGUGGAAGUGACUGUGCUGAACCUAUUUACUGCAGUAAAUAAAUUUUGUUUUGUUUUUAAUUUUUUUUUUAAAAUUCAAAAUUAAAACAAAACAUAUUAUCCAGGAACAUAUCAUCCUUAUUCCCCCCCAUUUUUCCUCCCUCUCCCAACCCUCCCACACAAAACCCACCCACCCACCCACCCCGACCCCCCGGUUUCCCUCAGUUCCAGUCUUUGAUUUCUCUGAGAAUGCUGUUUUCUGCAUGCUACAAAGUUGUACUUAGCUGAUUAUUAUCAAUAAAAAGUUUGUGAAUGUUUAUUCAAAGCCAGCCAAGGAGUCCAGUUCGCUUUGUUGCGUCUUCAAAUACUUUGUAAAGGGUUCCCAUUCAUCCAUAAAGUCACAGUUAUCCUUGUCCCAUAGCUUAUAUGUCAGUUUUGCCAGUUCUGCAUAGUCCAUCAAUUUUUCUUGCCAUGAUUCUUUAGUUGGGGUUUCUUCAGUCUUCCAUCCUUGUGCUAUUAGAACUCUCGUGGCCGUUGUCGCAUACAUGAAGAUGUUUUUCAGCUUUUUUGGCAGAUCUUUCCCUACAAUCCCUAACAAAAAUGCUUCAGGUUUUUAAACAAAUGUUAAAUGGAACAUUUCUUCAAUUCGUUCUAUAUCAUUUCCCAAAAUUUUUAAAUUACAUUACAGUCCCACCACAUUUGAUAAAAUCUCCUCUCCUUUUCCUUACACAUAUAUUUUGGGCUCUUUCUUCAACCCGACUCAUGAGUAGUUAAUGGUACUAGUGAGACAAGCAGAUUUGCCAUGCAACAACCUGAUCAGCUUUUCCUUAGUCCCCAUUUUUGGCAGCUCGGUUUGCUUGGACAGCCAGGGCUCCGACAGGCAUCCUGAUUGGCACCAUGGAGAAGUCAACUGAUAUAAUAGGUAAAGCACGGCUUCAGUUUUCCAAACAACUAGCUUUUUAAGCUGCACAACAGGUUAUCAACAAUAUCAGACCAUGACUCCAUGGUGGAGAUAGUUACAACUUUAUUUUUAUUUUGUAGAUGGCAGGAAAUAUUUAUUAACUUCUGAGGGAUGCAAAUAAGCCAACAUUAAAAAUGCAGCAUUUCUUGUUAAAAAUGGAACAGGAUCACCACUUUGCUGCUUGUUGUUGUUGUUUAGUUGUUUAGUCGUGUCUAACUCUUCGUGACCCCCUGAACCAGAGCACGCCAGGCACUCCUGUCUUCCACUGGUCAAACUCAUGCUGGUAGCUUCGAGAACACUGUUCAACCAUCUCGUCCUCUGUUGUCCCCUUCUCCUUGUGCCCUCCAUCUUUCCCAACAUCAGGGUCUUUUCCAGGGAGUCUUCUCUUCUCAUGAGAAGUAUUGGAGCCUCAGCUUCAGGAUCUGUCCUUCCAGUGAGCACUCAGGGCUGAUUUCCUUCAGAAUGGAUAGGUUUGAUCUUCUUGUAGUCCAUGGGACUCUCAAGAGUCUCCUCCAGCACCAUAAUUCAAAAGCAUCGAUUCUUCGGCGAUCAGCCUUCUUUAUGGUCCAGCUCUCACUUCCAUACAUCACUACUGGGAGAACCAUAGCUUUAACUAUACGGACCUUUGUUGGCAAGGUGAUGUCUCUGCUUUUUAAGAUGCUGUCUAGGUUUGUUGCUAAUCUGCAUUUGUUUAUUUGGAACAGAAUCUGUGUGCAUAUCCACUCUGUGUGCAAAAGACUUUCUGUGCAACUGGAACCCCUAUUUGUCAGGGCUCUCAAAAUGUAUCUCCAGUUGAAUGUGCCAAUGGUGGGGUGGUACCAGCUGUUACGUUGCCCACUGAGCGUUCCAUGUUUGCAGUGCUUCUCUUUGCAAUAACAGUUUCAUUAGGGGAAAGCUUGCAGGAAUCCCCUUUUGCCGUUCUAUCUCUUUACCGCAAUGCAUUCCCAUCCUCUCAGGCAGAUCCACCCUUUGUAUCUGAUGGGUUUCGUUUCCCACAACAGACCCCGGGGCAUGUGAUGGCUGUAACUUAUCCGAGAGGGCAAGCGGCCAGUCAAUUUGCUGAGAGUGCAGAGUGAGGAAGCUGCACUGGGUGGCGAUGAGGGGAGUUUAUUCUUAGACGUCUUGAUGGCCCAGAUGGACGGCCUACGUUGGGGCUUAUGCAACCAUCUCAAGGAGGAACAUCCAAGGCUGGGGUAGCUUAACCUGAGGCUAAGCAUGGAGGAGAAAUUCGACUCAAGGCACAUUUGAAGGUGGACUUAUCAGCUUUGCACUCUCCAAAACAGUUAUCCUUCCAACUUUGAAAUUACCCAAAUUUUGCAAUGCAAAAUUCCAACCAAGCAAUGUUUGCAAAAGCACAUCUGUUAGGAGGAAGUGUGUGUGUGAGAGAGAGACAAUAUCAGGGAAAAUAACAUAUUGCAAGGCGUCAUAGAAGGAAAAAUUGCUUCUGAAAAUGUGCAUGCUAAAAUGCAUAUACAAUUGUACCUUGGAUCUCGGAUGACUUGCAAGAAGAACAUUUUGGGUCCAGAACGCCGCAAACACGAAAGUGAUUGUUCCGGGUUGCUAACAUUCUUUGGAACCUGAACGUCCGACGGGGCUUCCGCAGCUUCUCAUUGGUUGCAGGAGCUUCCUGCAUCCAAUCAGAAGCCGCGCCUUGGUUUCUGAACGUUUUGGAAGUCAAACGAACUUCCUGAACGGAUUCCGUUCGACUUCCAAGGUACCACUGUAAAAGCAUGCUUGUUAGGAGAAAUUCACACUAAAAUGCAGACUAAUUUUCAUGAGAAUUUUAAAAUUAUUAUUGCAUGGAGAGCUUUGAGAAACAGAGAGAACCAAAACUCCCAUCUCCACCCACCUCCUCCCUGCAGGCUUCCAGUCGUUGUUGGACUGUCACCAGCCCAGCCAGCCAAUGUUCAUGGAUGAUGGGAGUUCUAGCCCCGCAAAAUCUGGAGGAGGGCAGAUUAGCUGCCCCUGCGCUAAUGAUUUGCUUUGCAGCAAGAUAAUUACAAGCUGAGGAGCCUCUGCUCACAUUAGCGCCUAGGAUCUGGGAGUGUAGGACUAAGGCGGCUUUCCCAGACCUGGCGCCUUCCAGGUGCCUUGGACUACAACUCCCAUCUGCCCCAGCCAGCUUGGCCCAUCUAGUCCAGCAUCAUGUCCUCACGGUGACCCAACCAGAUGCCUGUGGGAAACCCAAAAGCAGGAUUCGAACCCAAGAGCGUCCUCCCCUCCUGUGGCUUCCAGCAACUGGUACUCAUAAGCAUUGCUGCCUAAUCCUAUUUUAAAGCGAUCUGAUUUGUUGACCACCCCUGCGUCCUGUGGCAGUGAGUUCCACAGUUCAUGCUCUUUCUUUUAUACGUCCCGGAUCUUCCAACAUUCAGCUCCACUGGCGUUCUCAUGCUGAGGAGGGAAGAAAAGCCUUCCUCUGCCCCCUCUUCCCAUGCCAGGCGUGGGCCCACCUCUCUUGUGCAUUGCCCUUCUCCGCCAGGCCCCGGACACGCUCCAAAUGUCAGGAGCGGCUGCCUGUGGCCCUCCGCCAGCCAUGUUUUGGUGUCUCCGGAGCAGAGGGGCUGCUUGGGAGGCUGUGCCGUGCGACUCCUCCUCUCUUUACAAAGUCAGUGCUAUUAAUAUCAGGUAAUGAACAUAAUCUCUAGGUUAAGCUAUCCUCUUAUGCGUGUUGGCUACUCUCUCGUUCCCCGGGCAGGGCUCUCUUUUCCCUCCUUCUCUCGCUGUUGACACCACACUGGACUUUUUCGGGUCUCCUUGAACACUACCAGUUUGUAGGUUCUCCCAAGCCCCUGGGUGGUGUUUUCCACCCCUUUCCUCCGCUUGUGAUCAGAGUGGCGAGACCCACGUUUCGUUUCACUGUAAAGGCCAGAAUGCAUGUAGUCAACUUCCUAGGGACUCUGAAUUCUUUGAGGCUGCGAUGAGACACACACACACACACACACACACACACACACACACUCCACAAGCCAGCUCUCCCAGAGUCAAAAACACCUGAAGCCUUUCUGCCACUUCCACAGUCACCCCAGACCCUUCUCUGGCUAGGGGGAGAUGAACAGAUCCCCUGUAUAUUCGGGGGUGAGGAUUUCUGGCUGCUGGGCCCUCGGACCUGAAGGCAGGUGAGUGCUUUUGUCCCGUACCUCCCCCCUUUCCGGAUGUAAAUUAACUCUCGGAUGCAGGAUGGACGAGUUUUUAGAAGGCUUAGAAAACAGAGGAGGGGGUGGCGAAGAGAGGAGAGGGGAGAUCCGCUUUCUGGAUUGCAAAACAAAACACUUGUUUUGGGAAAUUUCAGGAGCAGCGCAAUAGAGAACUGGCUGUUUCGCAGAUAUCAGGAGGGUGCAAUGCAGGGGGGGUGCAACUGGGCUUUUUUGGGGGGUGCUGCCUUUCAUUCACCUGGGCUGGUUCUUUCUUUUGUGAACUGAUUCACUGCCCCACCCCCUUAAUGGUAACUAGGGAGCAAAACGUGUUUCCGCGGGAGAACGUGCUCUUCAUAAAACAUGCAUCCUUUGGUCAGCCGGAGGCAGGUGGAAAGGUUCUUAACUUGCCCCUUACUGGACCUAUGAGCUAUCUGGGGAGAUGAAAGGUGGGUUUUGAUGCAUCAUUUGAGCCGAAAGACUAUUCUGCGCUGUACUGAUGAUAACAGGUGCAUAGUAAAGGGGUUUGGAUGUUAUUCCGGAUUAAAUCUCAGAGGGUGGGGAGAAUGAUCGUUCCCUCUAAUUCUGAUGUUCAAGCUGUGAGUGCCAUUGCUUGUGUAGUCAGAAUAGACCCACCCACACACGUAAGAGAGAAGUAUCUGCAAAAUUGGAGGAUCCCAAAGUUUGCAAUAGGAAAAAAAAUUUGCUUUUUUUAAAAAAAAAUGGUCAGGAGUUGGUGGGGGGAGGGCAAUACAACCAAAUGAGGAACUGGGCAUGCCUACUUAUUGCAGAAUGCUGACAGAUUGUGGUUGAGACGGAACAGAAAACUGAGCAGGAGGGGGAAUGGAAUGGAGUAUCCUGGAGGAACAGAAACACUCCAUACUGCAACAUUUUGUUGCAGAUCCUACUUGUCUAUUUAUGGAUUUGUGUGUGUGUGUUUGCUUGUGUUUCUGUUGUUUCUUCCCACCCCUGUUUUCAAGAUGGAAAAAUAACAGUGUUUUUAAAGAAUCAUAGAAUCAUAGAAUCAUAGAGUUGGAAGAGACCACAAGGGCCAUCGAGUCCAACCCCCUGCCAAGCAGGAAACACCAUCAGAGCACUCCUGACAUAUGGUUGUCAAGCCUCUGCUUAAAGACCUCCAAAGAAGGAGACUCCACCACACUCCUUGGCAGCAAAUUCCACUGUUGAACAGCUCUUACUGUCAGGAAGUUCUUCCUAAUGUUUAGGUGGAAUCUUCUUUCUUGUAGUUUGGAUCCAUUGCUCCGUGUCCGCUUCUCUGGAGCAGCAGAAAACAACCUUUCUCCCUCCUCUAUGUGACAUCCUUUUAUAUAUUUGAACAUGGCUAUCAUAUCACUCCUUAACCUCCUCUUCUCCAGGCUAAACAUGCCCAGCUCCCUUAGAUAUCACUUCACUUCGCCCUAGCGAACGCCGUACCUUCCAACUCUCUGAUGAAUAGCUAUUUUUUCACUGCAUAUUUGGCUUGCGGGUGUAUCUGAUGCAAGAGUUCAUUCCCUUUCUUUCUCCUUUGACAGCGGAGACAAUAAUUUUUGGCAACCUUGCUGGUGUCUCCUGAAUUUUGACCUUUUCACCAUUAAUGGUAUUUUGGAGAACAGGUCGUUCGGCGUAUACUCGGUUCUGAUGUAUAUUUUGCUGUAGGAGGCUUAGUUUGGACAGAAUUGAAUACAGUGGUACCUCGGGUUACAUACGCUUCAGGUUACAGACGCUUCAGGUUACAGACUCCGCUAACCCAGAAAUAGUGCUUCAGGUUACGAACUUUGCUUCAGGAUGAGAACAGAAAUCGUGCUCCGGCGGCGGCAGCAGGAGGCCCCAUUAGCUAAAGUGGUACUUCAGGUUAAGAACAGUUUCAGGUUAAGAACGGACCUCCGGAACGAAUUAAGUACUUAACCUGAGGUACCACUGUAUACUCUUUCAGAGUUAAUGCCAAAUACAUUACUUAUGAGAAAUGAGCCACCAUGGUUGCUAGAAGACCGUGAAAAUCUGUGUCCUGGGCUUUUUAGACUCGUCUGCCCAUGUACUAUCUGAAACCAAAGGGGCGUAUUGCUUGUCACAUGUGAAUUCCCUGCCCCUCAGCUCUCCCACCCCACUACCAGUGGGAAGUAGGGGCAGCAACAGGGACAAAGGCAUCUCACACAAAUUACCUGUAAAUAUUGGUGCUGCCGAGGUGCCCAAAGUCCCCUCUGUGUCCCUCUGGAGAUUCCAGUGUUCAGAUGCAGCAGAAGCAAACUCCUUGCGCAUGAGUAACAGCUACCAGCGAGCGUCAUGGAUUCCUGCCUUAUUCCUGUUGGAAUUCUGCCUGGGUCAGAGGAAUGUGCCACAGCGUAGGCACCGGCAGAUAUUCCUGUCGACCUCCCCGCGUCUCCACUCUGCUGAUAAGCAGGCGAGGUCCGGCGAUUCUUCUCAGAUGUAUGAGAGGAACACACCGUUCUUCCUCUCUCCCCUUUGGUGUCCCCAGGGAGGGGAAAGAAGCAGACAGAAAACUAUUUACAUCAUUUAUUUCUGCCUCUUACAUCAGUACAGAGAAUCAUGUCUGCACUCAACAACAGCAAGAAGAAAACUCCUCCCAAGUACAUCCAGUACGGGUCAUAUGACACACACACACUGAGCUAACAUCCGGUGCUCAGUACAGAAUGGACUGCCCCUUUGUUCCCAUGGCAACAGUCACAAACAUCCUGUCUGGCUUUCCAGCCACAAGCAGCUGGCUGAGCUGCUAGAGCCUUUGCUUGCUGCAGCAUUGGUGCUUUAUGGUAACAUACUCCCCUAAAGUAUCAAUGUGUGCCGCGAGCAAAGCGUCAUCCAGAGAAGAAAACAAACAGUUGUUAUAUUUAUAACAUUCCCCUGUUGUUUCAGUUCCACCCUUGGAACUACCCGCCACUGGUUUAACCAAUGUACCUCUCUGGUUGUCUGGCUUCCAAGGAAUGAGUGCUUCUGCAUUACCUUGGCUAGCUACCCUCUGUUGUGUCUUUGUCUCUGACGUAGACACUGCUUCAACCUGCUUUGAGUUGUUAACAAUAGCAACACAUGCAACAGCUAAGUUAGCAAACUCUUUUGAGUACCUCUUUGGUGGUACACCCUUUGUAACUCUCUCAGACCUGCGUAUGAGGUUCUGAUCUUCUGUGCUCACUGGUUCAACCUUUGGACUCUGUUGAGAACCAGUAGCAAUCAGUGGUUCAUCCUCCUCUUCUGAGGGUCUAGUCAUUAUGUGAGAUUUCCUCUCAAUGACUGUGACAACUGAGCUGUCUGAGCUAUCGCUGUCAUCAUCAGUACUACUGAACUCAAUAAGAUCAAACUCAUCAUCAUCAUUAUCAUCAGAAUCGUUUCCUGUGGGAAAUGUCUGUACUAUCCGCUCUUGCUUUGGAGCACUCUCUAGGAACUUUGUGAGAAUCACCUGACCAGAUUCAGACAAAAUUACUCUGUAGAGACCUUUUUCAUAACCCACAAAAAUGCCUCUGGCAUUCUUUACACCACCUGGAGCUUCUGUUCUCACAUGAGACCCGAAAACCUUGAAAUAGGCAACAGAAGGUUUUCUAUUGAACAGCUUCUCAAAAGGAGAACAUCCCAACUCUGUUGAGACUUUUCUCAACCACACAUGAAGAUAGGACGCUAGCGAUUCGGCCCAAUAUUCAUGUGGCAAAUGUGAACUCAGCAAUUGCGCAUUCAUCCCCUUUUGCAAUUCUUUGUUCACUCUCACACAGACCCCCCUGUUCCACGCUUCUUGCGAAACUGCCACUUUGUGGUCUAUCCCUUUUCCAUCCAGGAACUUCUGAAACUUCUGCAACAGAAAAAUUUGCUUCUCAUCUGUGAAAAGACAAUCAAUGUUAGCAUCAUGCAUACUUUUAACCUUGUCACAAAACUCCUGAAACUUUUCUAAAGUUUCUUGCGGUUUCUCCAUCAUAUAAACCCAAGAAUAAUUAGUGAAACAAUCCACACACACAAGGUAAUAUUUUGCACCGCCUCUAGAUGGUUCUAGAGGACCAAUCACAUCAGCAUACACCCGCUGAAAUGCUCUGUCGACCUUCUUGGUCUUAGUCACCUUCCUGGUGCUCACACUGGUCACACCUGCAAGAGAGAUUUCGUUAGAAUCAGAAGAAUUACAUUUCAUGUAAUCACUUUGAUCAAAAGUCAACAAAUACAGUCCAUCUUUCUCUUUGGCAGUAAGAAACAGUUCUCCAUCUUUGUAGAUCUUGCAGCUUUUAGCAUCAUAGGACAGUUUCAGUCCUUUCUUUGCAAUCUGCGACACGCUCAGCAGAUUAAAUCUCAGUUCUGGAACCAGGUAAACAUUGCUUAUAGUCAAGUUCAGACUUUCAAGAUACACAGUCCCAAUUCCAGUUGCUUCCAACUCCUGACCGUUGGCCUGUUUCACAGUGAAGCUUUGCUUCUUCAACGUCGAAAAUAGUCCUCUGUGCGGGCACAUGUGAACCGUUGCGCCCGUGUCAAUUAUGAACGAGUUCCCAACAUCUGGCGUGGUUCCUUUCGCCAUCAUAGCCUUUGCAGGUUUCACCUGGCACUUGGUACGGCUUUUGCCUGACGCCUGAGGCUUCGUAGAGCUGCUCUUUGCUCCUCUUGACUGGCGCGGCUUCUUACAGUUCCGCUGUAGAUGCCCAGUCUGUCCACAAUUGUAGCAUCGGACAGCACUCAAUGCUACACCAUGCUCUCCAGUAGCAUCAGCAGUGGGGAAUUAGAACUCUGUUCUUCCCUCCCCUGUCUUUUACUUCCAGUGCAGCAAGUCUGUCGUGUUCAUUCAGGACCACAGCACAAACUCUCUCCGCGGUCAGCUGCGCGGCCGGUAGGGAACCAAGCUGACUGGCAACAACCUUGUAGGUGCGGCUAAGGCUGUUUAUCAUCAUGAAGCAAAACACUUCCUCCUGAAGACGGAAAUUGCGUUCCACCAUCUGUUGACGCAGAAACUUCAUUUCUGUCAGGUGCGCUUGAACAUCUCCAUCAGGCGCAAGUCUCAGAUUGGUCAAUUUCUCAAAAUACAGCAACGCUGAAGAACCAGCAUCUCUCUGAUGCGUUGUACGCAGCGUGUCCCAUACCUCUUUCGCAUUUUCUAAAUGCUGAACAUGCACCAACUGAUCAUCUGAGACACACAGAAUUAUAGCAGUCCUGGCCCUUACAUUCUGUGACUCCCAACCUCUGGUUGGUGCUGCAGGGAUGGGGUUUUCAAUUACAUCAAAAAGCCUCUGAUUCUGCAGCAGGGCCUUCAUCUUUACAGACCAAGAUGAAUAAUUGUCAUUGGUUAAGGGAGGUGGGCAAGGCAAACCUCCCCUUUCUUGGCAUCCAUCUUGAAGCCAAGCCUCCAGCUCACAAUGUCAAACAAACUGUAAAAUCCAACAGUUGUUUUUUUCUUUUCUCACGCAGCAAACUGCAAAUUGUUUACGCUCUUUGCACCUGGCAGCUAAACUCAGGCUGCUAUUGAAAAGUCCCUUCCAAGAGCUCGUAAACCUUGUAGCCAAAACAUUCUCUGGUUUUGUUUCGCUUUCCCAGGCUUACACUCAGAGUCCAGCCCCUUGCCAGUAACUUUCCAGGACCGUUGCCUAGCAACAAUGCAUUUCAAUGGGACUCCUUAUCUACCACAAAAAUUUGUGGAAUGCAGGCUUCAGCCUUCAAGCUGCAGGCCUCUUCCUCUCGGAGCUUUUGUUUUCUUUGAAACGCAGCUCCGUGAACCAGGGAAUUAAUCUUCCUGCGUUCACACUUUUAGCCCGAAAUGCAGCAUACCUUGAACUUUGUUGCUCUGGAAAACACCUCUUCUUUCCACCAGCUGUCUGUGGAGCCUCUGGCUUCUUUCAGACGCUUCUAUUCCUCCUUAGGAGCAGUGGAGGACAAUCCACCAGCCUCUCAUGCAGAUGUCCGAUGAAUCGCAACCAUCCGAAGGCUGCCACUGUUGGAAUUCUGCCUGGGUCAGAGGAAUGUGCCACAGCGUAGGCACCGGCAGAUAUUCCUGUCGACCUCCCCGCGUCUCCACUCUGCUGAUAAGCAGGCGAGGUCCGGCGAUUCUUCUCAGAUGUAUGAGAGGAACACACCGUUCUUCCUCUCUCCCCUUUGGUGUCCCCAGGGAGGGGAAAGAAGCAGACAGAAAACUAUUUACAUCAUUUAUUUCUGCCUCUUACCUCAGUACAGAGAAUCAUGUCUGCACUCAACAACAGCAAGAAGAAAACUCCUCCCAAGUACAUCCAGUACGGGUCAUAUGACACACACACACUGAGCUAACAUCCGGUGCUCAGUACAGAAUGGACUGCCCCUUAGUUCCCAUGGCAACAGUCACAAACAUCCUGUCUGGCUUUCCAGCCACAAGCAGCUGGCUGAGCUGCUAGAGCCUUUGCUUGCUGCAGCAUUGGUGCUUUAUGGUAACAAUUCCUCCCUCCCUCCUGUUGUUGUCGUCGCUUGCUCAUGUCAGCGUCGCUCUGGGAACAAAGCACACUUGUUAAUUGCUGCCACAGCGUUAUUCUCUCUCUCUGGGGGAGCCGGUUGGUGAUUGUUUUGCAGGUGAAAUGCGCGCAUGCUUCCCCGGCCCCCAGUGCCCGAUUCCAUAUUCCAGUGGAUCGAUGUUGUUAGGAGCAAAUUACGAGCUGCAAGGCGCCUCUGCGUUGCGCUCAUAGAGAUGCCCUGCAGCUGCCCUGGCAAAUUGUGAGGCGGCCCCAGCAUUGUGCUUAAAAACCACCUGUCAGGUGGCAGUGGUGGUUGCUCGUGAGUAACCAGUCAGGGCUCCGACCUGUCUUUUACAGGUUUUUAUUUUGGUGCAAACUAUUUACACUGCAGAACCACAAGUUCAUGGCUGCCUCAGUCACUAGCAGAAUCUAGUUGUCGUUUCUGGGUCCUCCCACAACAUAAUACCUUAGUCACCCCCAGCCUUUUCCUUCCUUCUUUGCAUUUUACACCUCUGUGCAGGGUGGGCGAUGGAAGAGGCGUGUCUCCCCUCCUGGCCGGCUUGACCAGGAGAGGUGCUGAGGCUCCCGGCAGCAUCCUCUGGUCCUUUCCCCUCUUCCCCAUUGGAGGUGUGGCUUUCUCCACCACAGAAAGAGGAACUGCUUCUCAAGAUUUUCGGAGGUUCCCUGUAACCCAGCUGCCCCUCAGCUUCCCUUCCCUGUUCCGAUGGCAGUCCCCUGACACCACCCUUUAAAAACAGGGGUGCCAGGAGUGGGGGACCAUUAGGCAGAGUGAGGCGACCAGCUUAGGCUGCUGUUGAUGGAGGACACCAAACGGUAGCAAACUGUGGGCUAUUUAUUAUGAUAAGAGUCCACUGGAUCAGGCCAAUGGCCCGCCUAGCGCAGCAUCCUGUUCUCACAGUAGCCAACCAGAAGCAGGAUUUGAACACAAAACCACUUUCUCCUCCCGUGAUUUCCAUCAACUAGUAUCCAGAACCGUGGCUCAGCUUCAGAUUUAGGGUGGUGCGGUCUGAAGGCAGCCCUGUGUAGGGAAGUUUUUAACAUUUGACCUUUUGUUAUGUUUUUAUAUGUGUUGGAAGCCGCUCACAGUGGCUGGGGCAACCCAGCCAGAUUGGCAGGGUAUGAACGCAUUAUUAUUAUUAUUCUUCUUAUUAUUAUUAAUAUUCAAAAUUGAGAAUACAGUCAUACCUCAAGUUAUGUUUGCUUCAGGUUGCGUGUUUUCAGGUUGCGUCCCGCGGCGACCCAGAUGUACCGAAAAGGGUUACUUCCGGGUUUCACCGCUCGCGCAUGCGCAGACGUGCAAAAUGACAUUGCACGCAUGCGCAGACACAGCGAAUUGCGCCCCGCGCACGUGCAGAUGCGCAGACAUGGGUUGCGUUCUUCUCAGGUUGCGAGCGGGCCUCCAGAAUGGAUCCCAUUCGCAACCAGAGGUACCACUGUACCCAUAAUUGAGAAGAUUCAUUUGGGGGCACCAAAUUUUAGCCUUGCUCUGGGCACCGUUUUACCAAAGAUGAUCAAAGUCUGUCUGUGGCGGCAGAGGAUAUCCCUCAUGGCUAGUAGCCACCCGUAGCUGUUAUGGGUACAUUGAUUUAUUAUUACUGCUCCGUAGUAUACACAAACCAAGGGACCAUAGCAACAACACUGCUUUCUGGCUCUUGGGCCCUAGUCACUUCCCAGUCCUCUCCAGUGGUUGCGAGAAGACAAAGCUUGAAGGUCCCUGGGGUAGCUCUCAGUGGAGGCCAGGCUACUGAUUCGGUGUCUGGAUAGACGCUCCGAAAAGGAGGCUUGUGUGAAAAUCUGGAUCAAAGGAGGGGAAAGUGUGGGAAGGCAGUGAUGUGGAGAAGAACGUCAUACAGACAUCGGAGAAUUAAUGGAGGAGGUGCAGGAAGAGGACUAUUCUCAUGAAACAACAGAGUGGAUGAGCCCUUUGUCUGUGCGCACGGGCAGUAUCAACACACAGUGAACAAGGGAUGGCUAGCCUUUGGAUUCCAACCCCCUCUUACCCCCCUGUCUUAUUUUUCCUGCUGGUUGGGGCUGAUGGAAGUUGAGAGUCCUGCAAUUUCUGAUGGACAGCAACUUCCCUGCUCCUGCAGCUGCUGGAGCAGACCUUGAAGUGACAUGCGACUGUGAAGAGUGUUCGCAUGUUGCAGCAAAUGAGUGUGCACUCGAAAAGGGAUGUUCGCAUGUUAACGUUCAGCAGGUGUACAAUCUUUGUCCUUGGUCUGGGAAUACCACUGUCAUAACCUCACCCUUCUGCUCAUCGGAGAAGCUGGAUAUUUAUUUAUUUAUUUAUUUAUACAUACAUACAUACAUACAUACCCCGCCCAUCUGGCUGGGCUCCCCCAGCCACUCUGGGCAACUUCCAACAAAAUAUUAAAAUACAGUAAUGCCUCAAACAUUAAAAGCUUCCCUAAACAGGGCUGCCUUCAGAUGUCUUCUAAAAGUCUGGUAGUUGUUCUUCUCUUUGAUAUCUGGUGGGAGAGUGUCCCACAGGGCAGGUGCCACUACCGAGAAGGCCCUCUGUAACUCCCUGUAACUUGGAUUCUCGCAGUGAGGGAACCCCCAGAAGGUCCUCAGAGCUGGACCUCAGGCUGAACGAUGGGGGUGGAUACGCUCCUUCAGAUAUACUGGACCGAGGCCGUUUAGAGCUUUAAAGGUCAGCACCAACACUUUGAAUUGUGCUCGGAAACGUACUAAACAUCAGGAAUAACUUUUUGACAGUAAGAGCUCUUUGACAGUCGAACGGUCUCCCUCAAGAGGUUCUGCACUCUUCUUCUUUGGAGGUUUUUCAACAGAGGUUGGGUGGACAUCUGUCAUGGAUGCUUUAGCUGAGAUUCCGGCAUUGGAGGGGGUUGGACUAGAUGGCCCUUGUGGGUCCCUUCCCACUCUACUAUUCUGUAUGAGGCCUCCGCUCCAGGCAUAUACUCUUCCCUGAAGGGAGCAUGAAAAUCUUUUCUCAGUGGACCUGGAAUAAGCCAAAAGCCGAGUACUGUAUGCAUAAUGAUACAGUCAUACCUCAUGUUACGUUUGCUUCAGGUUGCGCAUUUUCAAGUUGUGUCCCGCGGCGACCCGGAAGUACCGGAAAGGGUUACUUCCGGGUUUCGCCGCAUGCGCAUGCGCUCAAAAUGACGUCAUGCGCAGAAGUGGCGAAUCGUGACCCGCACACGCGCAGACACAGGUUGUGUUCUGCUCAUGUUGUGAAUGGGGCUCUGGAAUGGAUCCCAUUCGCAACCAGAGGUACCACUGUAGUAACUUCGUUAUGGGAACCCAGGGAACUCCUACAAGGAGCUUUCCAGAUGUUGAGUUUCCUAGAUCAAAGGCAAGGGGGAGCACUUUGCAAGACGGUUGUCCAGCUUUGCAAAACCUGAGCAAUCAGAUAAGAAGAGGGGAGGGAAGUUCGUGACUGCUUUUGUUUCCCUUGGUACUCCUUGUGCAACUUUGAAACCGAAACACAUGACCUGUCCUUAAUGUAAUAGGCAGAGCUGUCCUAUACACCAAUUACAGUGGUACCUCGGGUUACAGACGCUUCAGGUUACAAACCCCACUAACCCAGAAAUAUUACCUCGGGUUAAGAACUUUGCUUCAGGAUGAGAACAGAAAUCGUGCUCCGGCGGCACAGCGGCAGCAGGAGGCCCCAUUAGCUAAAGUGGUGCUUCAGGUUAAGAACAGUUUCAGGUUAAGUACGGACCUCCAGAAUGAAUUAAGUAUUUAACCCGAGGUACCACUGUCAGUCCGAGGAGGAGACAGACACUGCUUCCAUGCCCAUGUGGUGGGACUGCAAAUUCGUGGGGAAGAGAGCCAUCCAUGGCUGCUCAACAUGUUGGCCCUGCCCUGCCCCUACAGUCGGAGGCAGCGAUGCUUGUGAAGAACACUUUCUGGAAACCGCCGGAGGUGAGAGGGUGGCUCUUGUACUCGGAUCGCGCUUGCAGGUUUCUCUCCGUGGUCAGCCACUGUGAGAACAGGGUGCUGGACGAGCUGCCGGAAACCCACAAGCAGAAAAUGGCAGCAAAAGUGGCCUGCACGCCCCCUGUCAUCGUUGGAAACCAUGGGUGAUUUUCUUGUACCAGUGUAAUGAAAGUUCCACUCACUCUACGUGGGGCUGCCCUUGAGACUGACCCAGAAACUCCAGCGGGUGCAGAAUGCUGCAGUGAGGCUCCUUAUGGGGUCUUCGCCGCGCGGUCACAUUCACCUGGUGCUAUACUGGCUCCCGGUGGAGUACAGGAUCAGGUUCAAGGCGCUGGUUUUAACCUUUAAAGCCCUCUACGGCCUAGGACCCUCGUACCUACGGGGCCGCCUCUCCUGGUAUGUCCCACAGAGGACCUUACGGUCUGCAAAUAAAAACAUCUUGGAGAUCCUGGGCCACAGGGAGGUUAGGCUGGCCUUGACCAAAGCCAGGGCUUUUUCGGCUGUGGCCCCGGUCUGAUGGAACACUCUGCCACAAGAGACCAGGGCCCUGCGGGACUUGACAUCUUUCCGCAGGGCCUGCAAGACAGAGCUGUUCUGCCUGGCCUUUGACCAAGGCACAGUGUGACCCCCUCUAGCCCAAUGGUUGCCAUUAAUUUGAUUUUGAAUUGAUUUUAGAAUGAAUUGGUUUUAGAAUGCUGUGUUACUUUUAUUGUUGUUAGCUGCUCUGAGCCUGGCUUUGGCUGGAGAGGGUGGGAUAUAAAUAAAACUAUUAUUAUUAUUAUUAUUAUUAUUAUUAUUAUUAUUUCAAAUCCUACAGUCCCAUGACCGGGAUAGGAUCAUGCCCCACAGCUGGGAGAACUUCCAUUCUAGAGAGAAGACUUCCCCUCUCUAUCUUUUCUCCUACUGCUCCUCUGCCUUUUCACAGCAGCCUGGCACGUGGAAACCAAACAGGUGAAGCUUCUCUUGUCAAGAAGACCAAAGCUUCACCUGUGCAAUUUCCACCCGGCAGGCUGCUGUUAAAUGCACAGGUGUGGGGCCAGUUCAAGUUUCGAAAAGGAGGUCACCCUAAAACAACCCCCAGGUAUAGGAACACAAUCCCAACCACCUCUUUUCUUCAAUAUUUCAGCCUGACCUUGGGCUUGGAGACCACGUUUUUGACUCCCAGAUAAUCCUGGAAAGGGGAGAAACUUUCCCCGCAGUUACUGGGUAGGGGGAGGGUUUGGAUCUCCUUACCUGUACGCAAAGGGGAGGGGUCCCCCCUCUCUGCUUUCAUUUGCAGGGCACUCUUAUAAAGUCCUGUUCCAGGGCCCUGGCUUUUGCAGUGUUGCUGUCGCCAUCAGUGCAUUGGCAAGAGGAUGUGAGCCCAGGGUGGAAAAUGGGAGGCGGAGCAGAGAGAGGCCGGCCGAGGGGAAAAGAUCAACUAUAAAUAACCUGUCCUGUCCUGUCCCCGGCUCAAUGAGCUGCUGUUUUGCUCCAAGCGGCUUAUCCCGCUGGCCUGGGUCCAUUGGGGGUGGAGAGGGGCGUUUGCGUGCCUGCUGUGUGUUUGCCAACCGCGAAAGAGCUCGUUGAGGAAGUUUAUCUGCCCUGCUCCCAAAACCGCGCAGGGAUUGAUGGCUGAGAGAGAGAGCCUGCUUCGCUGACCUUUGCCAAGUGCUUCGUAUCGUAUAAAUAUCAGAGAGACGGUAGCCUGCAGAGCUGCAUCGCAGCGCCACGGUCCGGCUGCGAUGGCCACGACGGUGCCAAACACGCCGUUUGUGUCCCUCUCUGCCCCCUCGGCUGCCGGCCAGAGGGCAGGGUUCGAAAUACAAGCUGCAAGAGCCUCUGUGGCAGAAGAACAGGGGCUUUCUCUGGCCCCCAAGACAGCAUCCGCACUGUAUUUUAUUUUAUUUUUUAAUUUUAUUACCAGUUUUCACAUAACAAAUUAGUCAAACAAAUCAUCUUCAUUAUUUCCCCCCCACCCAUUUUUUCCUCCCACCUCCCCAACAAACCUCUAUGGCUUCCCUCAGCUCCUCUCUCUGAUUUCCCUUCUGCAUAUUAUAAAAUUGUAUACAUCCUUAUAUUAUCUAUCUACUAUGUUGACCCUCAAUAAAUUUGUGUACGUUUAUUCACAACCUGCCAAGGAGUUCAGUACAUUUUGUUGUCUUUUUAAAUAGUUUGUGAAAGGUUCCCAUUCUUCUUUAAAGUCACAGUUGUCUUUGUCUCGUAGUUUGCAUGUCAAUUUUGCCAGUUCUGCAUAGUUCAUUUGAAAUACACUCGGAGUCGAGAGUGGAUUUCAUGCUCUUUAUUCAGCUCAUAGUGGUGAGGAGGAAUGGAAGUUCCCCCAUAAUAUCUGCUUUAUAUACAUUAUUUACACAAUGGGCCCCACGUGAUUGGCUAAUUCCGGGAUUCUCCUGUAGGCCAAUCAGGUUGUGGAUUCACUUCCACCUGAAGCUGGAUUGGGUGGCUCCUGCGGACCAAUCAUACUGCUGCAUUGUUCUAGGACCAAUCAGACUGCUGCAUUCUGGAUCCUAUUCAACUCAGUACAUAACAUCAUUCAUUUCUCUUGCCACUGUUCUUUUGUCGGGAUUUCCUAAUUCUUCCAUCCUUGUGCAAUCAAGACUCUUGCCGCUGUUGUUGCAUGCAUAAAUAAUUUUUUUCUUUUCCUUGGCAGGUCUUGUCCUACAAUCCCUAACAAAAAUGCCUCCGGUCUUUGUGUAAACGUUAUUUUGAACAUCUUCUUCAACUCAUUAUAUAUCAUUUGCCAGAAUUUUUAAAAUUUCAUCCGCACCGUAUGUUUAAAGCGCUAUGAUACUGCUUUAAACCAUCAUGGCUUCCCCAUGGCCACCCAAGUAUUCCGGGAGCUAUAGUUUGUUCAGUGUGCUGGGAGUUGCCAGGAGAUUCCCCAGUCCCCUCCCCAGAGCUACAGUUCCCAGAGUUCCCUGUAAAAAGGGAUGAAUGGUGAAACCACUGUGAAUUGUAGCACUGGGACUGACAUGUUGGGCGAUUUGAGCCCCUCACCUGAAGCAGUCCAGGCCGCAAAUAAUUUAAUAGCCGUUCUUUCCCCACUGAGGAGAUCAGGUUGUUAUUUCUACUGCCCUUCAUUUGAGGGCCACAGGGCAAUUUACAGGUACCUGUUACAAUGGGGCAUGUUCACUUUUUUCAACUUUCAAAUUCCAAAAGCAAACAAACAAAGUUGUAACAUGGCUCAGGAAUUCAAAAGAUAAUUUUGAUUAAAUUAAUAUAAUUUCGGUUUGCUUGGUAAAAGUAAAACGUACAUAAAAUUGCAUGGAAAUCUUUAAAACUGAUUGCCAGGUACUUUCAAUCAGAGUAUUAUAUUAUCUAUUAUUAUUAUUAUUAUUAUUAUUAUUAUUAUUAUUAUUUAUUGUUACGAUUCAGCAUCACCUGACGUUCUCAGAAGGCAAAACUGAAAUUCUUUGGCUUGCUGAAACAGCAAGUAGACUUACCAAUCUAAAUGUUGUCCAGACACAAAAAUAAUAGCAGGUUUUAAUUCCUCACACCCAAAAAUUUUAUUUAUUUUUUAAAAAAACUCACUGAAGAAAUUAUCAAAAAAAUUAUUUCGCCGCUUAAAAUGGUGCACCCUACUGUUAAAGUUACCCUGUUGCCUGCACAGGCUCAGAUUUGUUUGUUUCAUUACAUUUAAAAUAGAAUAGAAUUUAUUAUUUAUACCCCGCCCAUCUGGCUGGGUUUCCCCAGCCACUCUGGGCGACUUCCAACAGAGUAUUAAAAUACAGUGGUCUGUUAAACAUUAAAAGCUUCCCUAAACAGGGCUGCCUUCAGAUGUCUUCUAAAAGUCUGGUAGUUGUUCUUCUCUUUGACAUCUAGUGGGAGGGCGUUCCACAGGGCGGGUGCCACCACCGAGAAGGCCCUCUGCCUUUUACACCUUACACCUUUUACACCUCUGACUUUUUCUGCUAAGGAGCUUGAGGUGGCAUGCGUGGUUAUCUCCUUCCCUCCUCCUUUAAUCCCUCACAGCAACCCUGUGAGGUAGGUUUCCCACCUCACCCACUGAUGUAGGCCUAGACUUCUCCCUCUCCUUGUCUCCUUAGCAACAGCAGCGCCGAAUCCCUGGACAGGCUGCUCCCCGCAGUGGGUUCCACGAGGUCGCCGCGGAAACGGACCACCAGCCAGUGCAAAUCUGAGCCGCCCCUGCUGCGGACAAGCAAGAGGACGAUCUACACAGCCGGCCGGCCCCCCUGGUACAACGAGCAUGGUGCGCAGUCGAAGGAGGCCUUUGUCAUCGGUAAGACACCUCACUCUGGGACUGAGGGCUGGUCGCGUUUUGGGAAUAAGACCAUAGCUAUCAAGCGUCCCUUAUUUGGCGGGACAGUCCCUUAUCCCAGCACCGUGUCCUGCUGCUGUCCCUUAUUGAUGAUGCCCCUUAAAUUUCCCGGGUUUCAAAGAAAGCAGCUCCUCUCCCUCCCUCCCUGCCGGCCAGGGAGGAGGGAAGCUCCAGCUGUGUUGCUUCGCUGUGUUGCUCACCCAAUAAGGAGUCUAAGAACAACUGGGGGGUGGAGCUUGCAUGCCUUGUGCCGAUCAAAUCGGCUGCAUUGCCUGGGGACUUGCCUUUGCUCAGCGCUUCCCUGCGGAGGGGUGACGGUGGUUUUCCUUGAGUUUUGAGGCUUCGUUUGGCUGCUGGCUGGGCUUUCUGCCUUUGGCUCGGAGGGGCUCAGAAGCUGAACAUACCUGUGCUUGGAAAAUCCCUUAUUUUGGCUGCUGAUCCCUUAUUUUUGAGGCUGCUGAUCCCUUAUUUUCAAAUCUGUAAGUUGAAUAAGACGGAGAGGCAGUUCAUCAUCAUCAUCAAAUCUUUUAUUGGCAUUGCAUACAUACAUCCAAAACAAAUCAAUACAGAAUUACCACUUCCCCGGUGGCACAAAACAUUUGCUAAAAGGAAGGAGGCAGAGCAGUCUAUCAUCACAUCUCUAGGUCUCCAGGGAGAUCAGACGUCCGCAGUGUAUUUCGACGACAACAAACCAAAUAGAGAUAUUUAGCCACUAACUUGGUGAGCUCCUGAUCAUUCCCCAGUAACAGAAAAUGUAUGACCUCCAACUCUGGUUUCCAUUUGGGGAUACAGAGUUGAUCUAGAAAUUGCUGGCGGAGAUCAGCAUAUAGUUUACAAUUGAGAACCAUAUGUGUGAGGGUUUCCACCAGGUGGUCUUCACAUAGUCAAAUUCUUUCUCCUUCCACCCUGCCUGAGAACCUUCCCCAAAGGAGGUUUGAUGGAUUUGAAUUAAACCUGGCCAGCGAAAAUGCCCUUCUUUCUUGAGGGUUAAGCAGAAAUUCAAGGUAAUUGUGGUUAGUUUCAUGUGCCCAAGAAAGUUUAAAAUAAAGAGGGGAACAUGUUUUCUCUGCUGCUACUGUUAGUUCUUGGCGUUCAAUAUCCCACAACCUAGUUUUUAUUAUAGCCUUGGCAGAUGGUAGGGACAUCGAUCCCAAAAGUUCCACUGACAGCCCGAGUUGCUGCCCCUUCUUAUUAAACUGUUGUAGCCCUGGGGAAAAAAGGGGGUCUAACGAAACUUCGCUGAGGAGAGGAUCUUUAUCAGAUGUAAGGCAGAUGUUUAACCAGCAUAGAAGAAAGAGGCAGUUCAGUGCUGCCUUCAGAGAUCACAUCUGCUAGAGUUACGUGAGCAGAAUUCCUCCAUCUUGACUCCGUGCACAGUUUGGGUCAAUGAGCUCUCCACCACAAGAAAGUGUUCCCGAGUUUACUGCAAACUGUCUUAAACUCGUUGCAAAAAAAAAGUUGUAAGUACAACUCAACACACUGCUCUUAAACAACCAGCAAUGCAUUCCGGUUUUCUUUAACUUAUUGCCUGUUGAUAUAGUCCAAGAACUGGGACCAGAGAGAGAAUAACAAUAACAAUAACAACAACAACAACAACAACAAUAAUAAUAAAUUUUAUUUAUACCCCACCCUCCCCAGCCAAGACCGGACUCAGGGCGGCUAACACCCGAUAUAAAAACAAAUUGAUUGAAAUACAACUUAAAAACAAUAUUAAAAUACAACAUUAAAACAGUAAAAACAUUAAAAUGCAGCCUCAUUUCAAUGGAAACUCAAAUCAAAAACUUUUUUGGGGAUGAAAACGUCAAGUCUUCACCAGGCUAACUAUCCAGACUGGUCCUACAUGGGCCAGAAAAAAGCCAGGGAAGUCUCCAAAUAGGAGUUCCAUCACAGGAGGAGAAAGGAAAAAAUAAGAGGGGGAGGGAAUCAAAUUGAUUCAGAUAAGCAAGUUGCUUCCUCAAUAUGCUGGCAAUAUUCGGGGGGGGGGCAUAGACUCCCAGGACUGAGCCAUCAGUAAAACACAAGAUUGAAACGAAGUCUGCACCCAGAGGUGGAGAGAACGUUCUUCCACAUGUGGUGGACUUGUAAAAGGGUAAAAGAGUAUUUGGAAAUGAUACAUAAUGAAUUGGGGGGGGGGACGUUUAAAAGUACGCCCCCCCCCAAAACAGAGUCCUUUCUGUUGGGGAUAAUUCAGACUGAAAUUCCCAGGUGUCAAAUAAGGUUUUUUAUGUAUGCUACUACUGCGGCACGUGUUUCGUUAGCCCAAAAAUGCAAAACGAGCGAAGUCCCAACCAAAGGAGAAUGGCAACUUAAGUUGACAGAAUGUGCACAAUUCGCAGACUUAACAUAUAGAAUAAGAGAACAAGAAGAACAUGCAUUUAAAGAGGAUGGGAAAAUGUUUACUGAAUAUAUGGGAAAUAAUUGUGUACAGCUGAAAACAUUGGCAGCAUUAAGAUAAAUUCAAGAGUGUAAAUAAGUUUUGAUGGAUGUAAUAAUGGAAUACUGAAUGGUAUAGUUUUUUGUAAAAAUAUGCAGGGGUUUAUGAUGUGUAAAGGGACGCGGGUGGCGCUGUGGGUUAAACCGCAGAGCCUAGGACUUGCCGAUCGGAAGGUUGGCAGUUCAAAUCCCCGUGACGGGGUGAGCUCCCGUUGUUUGGUCCCUGCUCCUGCCAACCUAGCAGUUCGAAAGCACGUCAAAGUGCAAGUAGAUAAAUAGGUACCACUCCGGCGGAAAGGUAAACGGCGUUUCUGUGCACUGCUCUGGUUUGCCAUGCUUAGUCAUGCUGGCCACAUGACCCGGAAGCUGUACGCCAGCUCCCUCGGCCAAUAAAGCGAGAUGAGCGCCGCAACCCCAGAGUCGGCCAUGACUGGACCUAAUAGUCAGGGGUCCCCUUUACCUUUAUGAUGUGUAAAACAAAUCAUGGGAAGAGCAGAAGGGAAGUCAUUGAUAUCUUAAGGAUGUAAAAAGUAAAUUAUAAAACAGAAAACUUAAUAAAAUUAUAUACAAAAAGAGAGAGAUAAGAAGCGAAGGUUGCACCCUCCGUCUCUUUGCAGCUCCAACUGCAAAAGCAUCCACCUGCGCUUGCUUUCUGCAAAAAGAUGAAGGGCAGUAUGCAAAUUUAAUCAAUAAAAUAAUCAAUAAAAAUAGGCUUCCUAUUCUGCCCUGGGAUCUGCCAGGAUAAAGGAAGGUUGGCAAAAAUACGUUUUUAAUAAACAGACGGAACUGAAACUAAGCUGAUUCCUUUACGUCCCCUGCACCCCCAACCCAGGUCUCGGCGGAGGCAGUGCCUCGGGGAAGACCACCGUGGCCAGGAUGAUAAUCGAGGCCUUGGACGUGCCCUGGGUGGUUCUCCUUUCCAUGGACUCCUUCUACAAGGUGAGAGAGGCAGAGCUCAGCAUCAUAACCUUCAUUUCUGUUUAAUUUUCUUCUUUUAGGAAAGGGAACGAGGUAAAAGUGUUAGAGAAAGGCAUCCUAUUUGUCUAUUCAGAGACAUUUGUUUCAUGCCUUUUCUCUUCAGCUGGAAGAAACUCCCUGGCUGCUUAGAGCAUAUACCAUAUUUUUUUGCUCUAUAAGACGCACUUUUCCCCUCCUAAAAAGGAAGGGGAAAUCAGUGUGCGUCUUAUGGAGUGAAUGCAGGCGGGAGGCUCUGCUCAGCGCUCCCUUUAAAGAGCCGCGUGGAGCGUGUGUGCGGCUCUUGGGGGCUUUUCCCUGAGGAGGGAGAAAACCAUCACCACCUAUUUUGGUAAGAAGGCUUCCAGGACGAUGAUCCGUCCCGGGAUUUCAGCCUCGACAAUGGACCCACCUCAGUUUCUUCUUGCCUGCGAGUCUAAUUAAGAGGCCACCCAAUUUUCUGCAAAGCUGUCAGGCUUUAUCUUCCAAAGCCCACACAGUUUAAUUAGCUGAUCAUUGCUUCUGAAGUUAUCUUUCCAUGCCUUCAAUCAGAUCCUCCCAUAUCUCAUCAUCGCAGCUAAUCCAUUUGUUCAACAGAACACGCAGCUCAUUUGCCGCUUUUGUUGUUCCGUCUUCAGCAGCUCAGUGGGAGGGCGGGUGCUUGGCACGCAGAAGGUCAUGGGUUUGAAUCCCCUUAAGCAAGAAUUGGGUAGCAGGCGAUGGGAAUGAGCGUUCUGAGCCUUGAGACUCUGGAGAGCUGCUGUUGGCCAGAUUGAGCAAUACUAGGCUAGAUGGACCAGUGGGCUGAAUCGGUGUAAGACAACCCUCUAUGCAUUUAGUUUUCUCUUCCAUCAAUACGGUGCUCUAAACCUCUGUUUUCUGAUAGAAACAUUUCUGUUAGGCCUCUGAGGUGGUGAACCUGUGACCUGCAGAUCAGAUCCAGCUCACGAAGCCAGUAGACUCUCCUUUUUUGGUUUUAAAGCAGAGGUUAGGGACACGGGUGGCGCUGUGGGUUAAACCACAGAGCCUAGGAGUUGCCAAUCAGAAGGUCGGCGGCUCGAAUCCCCGCGAUGGGGUGAGCUCCCGUUGCUCGGCCCCUGCUCCUGCCAACCUAGCAGUUCGAAAGCACGUCAAAGUGCAAGUAGAUAAAUAGGUACCACUCCGGCAGGAAGGUAAACGGCGUUUCCGUGCGCUGCUCUGGUUUGCCAGAAGAGGCUUAGUCAUGCUGGCCACAUGACCCGGAAGCUGUACGCCAGCUCCCUAGGCCAAUAAAGCGAGAUGAGUGCCGCAACCCCAGAGUCGGCCACGACUGGACCUAAUGGUCAGGGGUCCCUUUACCUUUGCCUUUUAAAGCAGAGGUUGGAUAGUCAUAUGCCAUGGAUGCUUGAGCUGAGAUUCCUGCAUUGUAGCGGGUUGGACUAGAUAAUCGUUGGGGCCCCUUCCAACUCUACAAUUCCUGCCCUCGGUCUUUCCUCCCUCCUUCUCAGUGGUAUUGUUAUGAGUUUGGGGUGAGGGGGAAGCAGGCUUUUAUGCAGAGAGCCUUCUCACCCUGGGAUCCAGCAAUAGAAGCCUGUCUAGCUUCCUGGGUUGAGGCGACUGCCUGGGCGAUGGGCCAUUAAAGGGAAGGGGCUCUGUGUGAGAUGGGCAAUGGGUGGGAAGCCCCACUCUGUCAACGGGCUGGUAGUUAGAAAAAGACCAAGGCGAGUGUUGAGACUUGGCAAUGAUGUGACCUAGAAGUAAAGCAGCGAGCAGGAGAGUCACGGCACCAUUUGAGAACAACACUUGAUUUCUCUUUGAAUCCAAGCGAGAAACAAGAUCCUUUCAAGGUGUUAAUACUGUGAGCCCCUCCACCGUAGGCUCAGGUUAUAUAUGUGUGUGUGCAAAUAAGCCAUAUAUCACAAGGACGCCACAGUCUCCUGUGUUCCUAAUAAUAAUAAUAAUAAAAAUAAUAAUUUAUUACUUAAACCCCGCCCAUCUGGCCGGGUUUCCCCAGCCACUCUGGGUGGCUCCCAACAGAAUAUUAAACACACAACAAAACAACUCACAGUCCUGUCUGUUAAUAUCAUCUCCUACAAUGCCGAGUAAAAAUGCUUCUGGUUUCUUAAUAAAGAGAGCGUAGAGAUUCAAGGAACAGGAAGCACUUCUAGACUGUAGCCUUAUUAGACUUUACUGACUGGUGGGGUCUGCGUUGCUCCCGGGAGGGAGGAAGGAGGUCAAAUGACACCGAGGUUGAUUCAGAGAAAGAGUUUAUUCUGCUCUCCGGAUAGCAGAAGGCACUUGCAAGUCCACAGUUCACAGCAAGUCCAAAGAAAUGAGAAAUUUCAUGCAGUAUAUAUAUCCUCCAGGCACCCUCUCCCCCCUUCCCCAGGAAUCCAACCACGUCAGCUUAUACACGUAAGUUGACAUCCAUGCCCAUAAACAGAUAUUCCUGUUCCGGUACUCUUGACCAUAAAAGGUUGUUCCUGUUCUUAUACUCUUAUCUUGGGGCAGGAGGUCACCAACUCUAAGAGCGCUCCUGGCGCCGUUCCCGGGCCUCUUGUCAGACCUGACAAGGUCUGUGCGUCUUUUGUGGUCAGGAUGUAAGAUAAGACCCAGACGUGCCAUCCCUGCUCCGCUGGAACUGGCAAGGUCAUCCAUUGCCGUCACGGACUGAUAAAGGAGAGGGCUUUGAGCACUUGUUUAUACAGCUGGCUUUCUGUUUAUACAUUGACUCAAGAGCUCAGGUUAAUGCAUUUUAGAAAUGCUCCCUUGGAGGAGGAAAAUGAGGAUUUUGGGUCCCAUUUCAGACUGAUGGAACAGAAAAUCCAUUCCUUCUCCCUUCAAGACCGUCUUAUAACGGAACCACACCAAAAGAAGUGUUCCUUUUCCAAGGGCUUUCCUGCUCCCUGAUUUCCCACCCUGCCCUGCCUGUCCUCCCCACGGCUGCACUUCGGAGGGUGACCCCCUCUUUCUUUCUCCGUCAGGUCCUAACUAAGGAGCAGCAGCAACAGGCAUCCAGCAACGAUUUCAACUUUGACCACCCCGACGCCUUCGACUUCGACCUGAUCAUCUCCACCCUGAAGAAACUCAAGCAAGGCAAAAGCGUCAAGAUUCCCAUCUACGACUUCACUACCCACAGCCGCAAGAAAGAAUGGGUGAGCCACGCCUCAGGUUGUCUUUUAAGGGUUAUUAUAUACUGUAUUUUUCGCUCUAUAAGACGCACCCGACCAUAAGACGCACCUAGUUUUAGAGGAGGAGAACAAGAAAAAAAAUUCUCCCUCUCUGCACAGCGCCUCUCCAGCAAACCGGGAGGAGAAAUGGAAGGGGCUCCGUUUCUCCUCCCGCUUCGCUGAACACAGCGAAGGCACACAGGUGGUGCUGUGGGUUAAACCACAGAGCCUAGGACUUGCCGAUCAGAAGGUCGGCGGUUCGAAUCCCCGCGACGGGGUGAGCUCCCGUUGCUCGGUCCCAGCUCCUGCCAACCUAGCAGUUCGAAAGCAUGUCAAAGUGCAAGUAGAUAAAUAGGUACCACUCCAGCGGGAAGGUAAACAGCGUUUCUGUGCGCUGCUCUGGUUUGCCAGAAGCGGCUUAGUCAUGCUGGCCACAUGACCCGGAAGCUGUCUGCGGACAAACGCCGGCUCCCUCAGCCCAUAGAGCGAGAUGAGCGCCGCAACCCCAGAGUCGGACGCGACUGGACCUAAUGGUCAGGGGUACCUUUACCUUUACCUUUAUAUACUGUAUUUUUCGCUCUAUAAGACGCACCCGACCAUAAGACGCACCUAGUUUUAGAGGAGGAGAACAAGAAAGAAAAUUUUUUUCUCCCUCUCUGCGCAGCGCCUCUCCAGCGAAGCGAAGUCAGAACAGCAAGAGAGGUCGCUGGGCAGCAAAAGCAGUGAUCCCUCUUGCUGUUCUGGCUUCUGGGACAGCUGUGCAGCCUGCACUCGCUCCAUAAGAUGCACACACAUUUCCCCUUACUUUUUAGGAGGGGAAAAGUGCGUCUUAUAGAGCGAAAAAUACGGUAUACAUUGUGGGGUAUUUAGCGUCCAUCCGCUUGGAAUCGAAAUCCCUGGGGGAGAGGAGGCUUAAGGUCUUGCCCCCUUCCUUGGGGCGGCGGAAUGAAACUGGCUUGCAAGCGAUGCCAGUGGUUGCUCAGAGGGAAUUCUGGGAAAUCAACGUGGGGGUGCCACCCAGCUGGGGGGCACUCUUGCCUCCCCGCCCCACUAUUGGUACGUUCCUCACCCCUGAAAGAAUCGCCAAAAUACACUUCCCAUUUUUAUCAUUUUAUCCCUCCCAAUGCGUGCAGUGAAAAUUGGGGAGUGGGGGAGCAUGUCAGCUCAGCUGUAGAAUUUCAUUAAUUUAUUAACAUUUUGCUAUCCCACCUGCCCUCCAACAGGGAUUUGACCCCUCAUCUCCCAGGUCUUUCCCCCCAAUACAGUGGUACCUUGGUACUUGAACGGCUUGGCUCCCGGACCAUUCGGCUCCCGGAUGCCGCAAACCCAGAAAUAAGUGUUCCGGUUUGCAAACGUUUUUUGGAAGCCGAACUUCCAUCACGACUUCCACAUGAGAGCAGGAAGUUCCUGCAGCCAAUCGGAAGCCACGUCUUGGUUUUCGAACGCUUUUGGGAGUCAGACAGCUCCCGGAACAGAUUCAGUUCGAGAACCAAGGUACCAUUGUACUCUAAACCACUACACCACACAGAAUGACCCACACCUGUAACAGAAUGGAUGAGUUUGGAUCUUCUCCUAUCAAUAUUCAGUGAAUCUUGGGGGUGGAACAGAGAUGUUACUUGCAGAACACAAAACUCCCCCUGAUCCAUAAGAUUGGAUCCUGCGCCACAGUGGUGCUUUUUAUACAGGAUAUUUUAAUUGUUUAAAUAUGUUCCUUUGGCAUUACACAUUUUUGUUUGUUUGAAAAGAUUUCUUACAUGGUAAGGUCCCAGGUUGGGUUGCAGGAAUAGAAUUGCACAAUAAUAAAACAAUUUUGCGUUGCUGUGCACCACUUAAAUAUUGUUAAAAUAGUAAGCGGUCUAGAAAUACUUUAAAUGAAUAAAUUGCAUGUGCACUCACAUGCAUCUGUAUAUCUGUAUGUCCACCCGCAUCGUUCUGCCCGGACACUGAGGUCCAGCGCCGAGGGCCUUCUGGUGGUUCCCUCCCUACGGGAAGCCAAGUUACAGGGAACCAGGCAGAGGGGCUUCUCGGUGGUGGCACCCGCCCUGUGGAACGUCCUCCCACCAGAUGUCAAAGAGAACAACAACUACCAGACUUUUAGAAGACAUCUGAAGGCAGCCCUGUUUAGGGAAGCGUUUAAUGUUUGACGGACUGUUGUAUUUUAAUAUUUUGUUGGAAGCCACCCAGAGUGGCUGGGGAAACCCAGCCAGAUGGGCAGGGUAUAAAUAAAUUAUCAUUAUUAUCAUUAGGAUGAUGAGAUGAGGGUGCUUGCAAACAUUUGCGAGACGCUGUGCCCUUUUUAUUAUUAAAAAUAAUAAUAAUAAAUUUAUUAAUACACACGCAAACAUACUUGGGCACUUGGCAAAGGGGAAGUUCUGGUGGUUGGCAGGGAUAGUGAGCUUAUGGGGCCACCCUGGUGCUUUUGGGCUCCCAAUAAACAAAUGAAAUCAAGGUCUAGAGAUGAACAUAAUAUAUUUCCUCAACACAGGCAUGCAAGAACUUAAACCAGUCGAUAUCCAGGUGCAAUCUAUGACUGAUAGCCAACUGAGCAUGCAAUCGUAGCUGUAUAAUCUUUUAUGGUUUGACGCAUACCGUACGGCCCGAAUAUAAGCCUCGCCCACAAAUAAGCUGCACCUUUAAAAUUCAAGGGGGGUGGGAAGAGAAAAAGACAAUGUCCGAAUAUAAGCCCUUAAAAUUCUUUUUUUUUUAAUGAUAUUUAUUAAAGUUUCAAAGAAUACAAAAACAAAAAAUAAAAAUACAAGAAAAUACAAAAUACAGAAAAAAGAAUAAAGUUUUUAAGAUAUAACAAAAAAAUGAAAAAUAAAAGGAAACAUACAAAAUAAAAACAGUUAAAAACACGUCGUUAAUUUUCCAUAACAUAUCUUCCUUACACGUAUUUCCCCGGACCUCCUCGUACCUCCCUUUUUUUGUAUUCCAGUUCAGUUUGUUACUUCAGCAAGUCCUUACCAUUAAGCUUUUACCCAUUUAUAAAACCUUUUUUCGUAUCUCUUAAAGCAUUACAGCUGGAAACCACUUAGUUUCUAUCCAACAUCCUUCUAAAAUUCCUUAAUUUUACAAUAUUUCUGUAAAUAGUCUUUAAAUUUCUUCCAGUCUUCUUUCACCGACUCUUCUCCCUGGUCUCGGAUUCUGCCAGUCAUUUCUGCCAGUUCCAUAUAGUCCAUCAGCUUCAUCUGCCAUUCUUCCAGAGUGGGUAGAUCUUGUGUCUUCGAAAUUUUUCAGGCACUCACACCCGUUUCAUUUUACCGUAUGUCUGUUUCAGCCGCAAUAUCAAGAAAGCCAAUUUUUGUAAUCUUUUACCUAACUAUUAUUACAUUCUUGUCAUUUUUGUGCCAUACUUCCCAAAUCACAUCUUAAAUUUUAUUAUUUUCCCAAUUGCUGCACCUUAACUUUUAUCUUUGUUUUCUUAAUUGUAAGUGUUUACUCAAAUCCUGCUAGUGAGUCCACUUCUUUGCAAUACUUCUGUAAAUACAGCAGAUUACAAAAUUAAAGUAGAGUAAAACAGGCAGGAGGAAUAAAUAUUUAAAGAACCAGAAGGGGAAGUUGAGGGAAGUCAUGAUGAUUGUGUGGAAUAUAAAGUAAAAUUCAAUAAAAAUUAUUUUGAAAAAAGAAGAGAAAGCCCAUUUUUGUAAGGGCGUGAAUUUAAGCCGCACUUUUAACUUUUCACGGUCGGAAUUUGGAAAGAAAAGUGUGGCUUAUAUUCGGGCCAAUACGGUAAAGUUAGAUGUUCUUUACAUUUGGAGCGCAGCUCUUGUGAUCUCAGCAUGUUUCAAGGCUUUGGACAAGAACACCUUUGUUCGUGUGAGAUAACACACUGCUCUUUGCAAGGAAAAGUUGUAAAAGCCGCAGAAGGUCGUUCCGUUUUGAUUGCACAUUCUUUUGGCGGUCAGCCUGGAGUCAUAUUCUGACGGAAGGUUUACAUCCUUGCAUACAUCCGCUGCAGAAACAUAUAUUCCUAUGUUCAUACGUGCCUUGACUCCUCCACACUUUUCUCUGUACUUAGUGUCUGGCUGGGGGGAAUUGCAGACUCCACGUUUGGUUUGGGGGCUGGCAAAAGUUGAGAGCCCAGCAACAUCUAGGGAAGCAACAGCCUCACCCCCAGGACCUGAUCUCACCAAAGGCCACUUCCCUUUGACAGCUCUCCUAAUAAUGAUGAUGGUGAUGAUAAUUUCAUUAUUUAUUUACUGGGUUGCCCCGGCCACACUGGGUGGCUUCCGACAGAAUAUAAAAACAUAAUAAAGCAUCAAACAUUAAAAACUUCCCUAUACAGGGCUGCCUUCAUAGGUUUUCUAAAAUGCGUCUAUACCGUAUUUUUCGCUCCAUAAGACGCACCUUUUUCUUCCUAAAAAGUAAGGGGAAAUGUUUGUGCAUCUUAUGGAGUGAAUGCGUGGUCCCUGGAGCCGAAUUGCCAUGCUCUAUUUUUUGAAAGAGGGAAGUGGGUGUUGAAACAAAGCCGCUGAUUGUUUGCCGAUCGGGGAGAAAGAUAAGGGACGCUAGAGAUAAAGGAGGCUGCCUGGGAGGGGGGAGGUAAAGACAGCAAACUUGCAAAGGGGGGAAACAGGAAGACUAAAGCAAUAAGGAGAGAAAUUAGAAGAAAAGGAGGAGCAAGAAACUGCUCCAACUAAGGAAAAGACACUAAGGCAAACGAGAGGGAAGGGAGUGUUGAAAGGAAACAGCUGAUCGGUGGGAUCGGAAGAGAGAUAAGGGAUGCUAGCGGAGGCUGCCUGAGAAGGAGGAGGUAAAAGCCCAUGGAUCCUCAGGAUUUUUGCAUUGGGUCAGCCCAAAUUCACCAUCAGAUCACAAAGCAUGUCCAUGGCUACAGCCUGCACCAAAAAAAUCACGCACCCACUGUUUCGUUCAGAAUAUUUUAUUUCUUGUUUUCCUCCUCUAAAAACUAGGUGCGUCUUAUGGUCAGGUGCGUCUUAUGGAGCAAAAAAUACAGCAGUUUAUCUGUUUGGCAUCUGAUGGGAACGUUCCCACCCUCUUCCUUUCUCUCUCCUCCUUGCUUGCAAGCAUUUUCACGCCUGUUUAAAAUCCAAUAUUUCUUACAAGCGAACUUCCGCUCUCCCCCUUGGAAGCUCCUUGUCCCCUCCUUCCCUUUUCCCUUCUCUUUGUAUUCGGAUUAGAAGUGGCUCCCAGGCGGCUGUUGCUUCUUGCGAGGGAGUAGAGGGCCGAGGUGGUAGGGAAGCCUCCGCUGGGGAAACACUGCAGGCAGCGUGCCAGAUGUGCUCGGCUGGCACAUUUGAACCAGCUUGCCCUCCUCUCUUAGCAAAUCAGUCUCUUAAGCUUAAGCCAAGAAAUAGUUAUAUAACCAUAAUAAUCAUAAUAAUAAUUUAUUUAUACCCCACCUAUCUGGCUGAGUUUCCCCAGCCACUCUGGGCAGCUUCCAAUCAAGUGUUAAAAACAAUACAGCAUUAAAUAUUAAAAACUUCCCUAAACAGGGCUGCCUUCAGAUGUCUUUUAAAGAGAAGACAGCUGCUUAUUUCCUUCACAUCUGAAGGAAGGGUGUUCCACAGAGUGGGUGCCACUACCGAGAAGGCCCUCUGUCUGGUUCUCUGUAACCUCACUUCUUGCAAUGAGGGAACCGCCAGAAGGCCCUCGGCGCUGGACCUCAGUGUCCGGGCAGAACGAUGGGGGUGAAGACGCUCCUUCAGGUAUACAGGGCCGAGGCCGUUUAGGGCUUUAAAGGUCAGCACCAACACUUUGAAUUGUGCUUGGAAACGUAUUGGGAGGCAAUGUAGAUCUCUCAGGACCAGUGUUAUGUGGUCCCGGCGGCUGCUCCCAGUCACCAGUCUAGCUGCCGCAUUCUGGAUUAAUUGCAGUUUCUGGGUCACAUUCAAAGGUAGCCCCACGUAGAGCACUUUGCAGUAGUCCAAGCGGGAGAUAACUAGAGCAUGCACCAUAACUAGAGUAUUCUCUAUAAAACUGAAUAUCAAUAUAUGUCUCAAGACUUUGAGAUUAGACCAUUGAAGAAGCCUGGAAAACUAUCUUGGGAGUUUGCUACCGGCAAGCUCCAGUAAAAGGACCCCAUUUGGGGGCGAACAGCAGCCUCUUGGUUACUUGGACUGCCAGGGCGAAACAGGUGCAAAGCGCCGGCACGCUGUCGUCUACAACUUCAUUGUCUACAACUUCAUUAACAUCUAUCUACAACUCCACUAGCAUCUCUCGGUAUUGUGAACAACACUGAACUUGCCUUUUGUUGGUAUCUUAUCUAAAAGAUUGAGUUAAGCAUUUGAAAAAUCUAUUGAAAGCAGACAUUAUAAGUUCAUCUUAGGUUGGGUAAUUCGCAAGUCUCUGUGGCUUUGUAGAAGGUUUUGUCUUUUUCUCAGAAGGUUAUUAAAGAAUGUAUAAUUUUUUAUUCUGUGUAUAUUAAUCGCCAGCGUGUUGCUUGAGUCGCACUACUCCUCUCCUUUCCAGCAAGCACUGGCAACCCACCUGAGGAGGACGUUUUUUUCUCCCUUUCAAAGCCAUGUUUUGUUUCAUUUUGCUUGUUUAUCCGGUCUUCAUGGCGUGCCUCUCUCUUUCCAGAAAACGCUCUACGGCGCCAACGUGAUCAUAUUUGAAGGCAUCAUGGCGUUUGCAGACAAGGAACUCCUGAAGGUAUGGCAGGAUCCCUGGUGUUUCAGAAAUGGCCCAUUAACCCUGUUUUUUUAAUUGGUAUUUUUAUCUGCAAAGAAAGUGAAGGCCCUUGCCAGUGCUCAGGUGCGCCUCUUUUUUAUUUAUAUAUAGAAGUCGUGUAAAAAAGGAGGCAGAGGACUCCUUUUAGGGGAGGGUCUGUUUCUUCAUCUUAAGGUAAAGGUAAAGGGACCCCUGACCAUUAGGUCCAGUCGUGGCUGACUCUGGGGUUGCGGUGCUAUUCUCGCUUUACUGGCCAAGGGAGCCAGCGUACAGUUUCCGGGUCAUGUGGCCAGCAUGACUAAGGCGCUUCUGGCGAACCAGAGCAGUGCACGGAAACGCCGUUUACCUUCCCGCCGGAGCGGUACCUAUUUAUCUACUUGCACUUUGACGUGCUUUCGAACUGCUAGGUUGGCAGGAGCAGGGAGCGAGCAAUGGAGCUCACCCCAUCAUGGAGAUUCGAACUACCGACCUUCUGAUCAGCAAGUCUUACGCUCUGUGGUUUAACCCACAGCGCCACCUGCGUCCCUUCUUAGAAGGUCCCUGGUUCCAAUCGUUUCCAGAUUUAAAUGCUCACGUAGCAGGUGGUGGGGAAGAUUUCUCUCUGCCCGAGAACUCAAAGAUCUGCUACUGCCGGUCCGAGUUGACAGAGUAGGGCUAGGUGGACAAAUGGUUUGACCUGGGGCACAAAGUGUGUCUCCCCACAAAGAGUGACCACAGCUCCCUAAGGACUGUUGUUGUUGAUGCUGCUAUUAUUAUUAUUAUUAUUAUUAAUUAUUACUAUUAUUAUUAUUAUUUCAGUUUAUAUACUGCCCCUUUAUUCAAAGAUCACAGGGUGGUGUUCAACAUUAAAAACACAAUUUACUACUAUUAAUAAUAAUAACAAACAAUAAACCGAUCACAGAAAAAAAUCAUAACGUAUCCCGGACGUUCCUUUAAUGGUCUGUUUCACAGUCAGGCAAUCUUGGGGCAACAGUGACCUCCAGUGGCCAGCUGGGGAAUUGUCAGCAGAGAAGGAUCUGCACUAGAGAGAGGGGAGUGGGUGGUUUGGGGCUGCUUCUCUUGCUUAAAAGACAAAUCUGUGAAUGGAGAAAGCCUUGGCACUUCCUGCCCGCAGCCCAAGCGCUCCAGGGUGGGCUCCACUUUUGCAAGCAAGUCUUCUCAGCUCCCCUGUUUCCUUCUUUCUGGAUGCAGCUUUUCCCUGCUGUUGAGCACUUCAAACUCUCCCCUAACAUUGCUCUCCUUUAAAACGUGGAGUUUGCAAUGUUGUUAAGGGCCGGCUUUGAUGGAUUCUGAGCAUUAUCCACUAACAGCUGUUAUGGAAAUGGGGGGGGGGCGCAUAUCUUUAAAGUUGUUACAACGCUACAAAUAUUAUGCCAAUAUACUUUCAGUAUCCUUUCGACUUGACAGCUCAGAGAAGAUACCUAGCUUUAUAAAUUCGUAGAAAAUCCAUACUUUAACCGACUCUCCUCAUUCCAAUGCCAUUUUAACCCUUAAAGAAAGGUGAAUUUGGGCUCCACCUCCCUCCAUGAACCAAGAAGCAGGAAGUCACUGUAGGCAGCAGGAUCAGGGCAUCCUGUCAUAAUUCUCCAAGCAACAAGAGACAUCCACAGAGGCAGUUUAGCAAGUCAGGUGUUCUGAAAGCCCAUCUCCAGACAAGUCCUGAAGGCAAGGAUAUGUAAAGAGUUUUAUUGUUAUUUCAGAGAUGAGUACUUAAGAGGUGCUGGGAAAGGUGUCUGAUAAAGUGACCUAAUGUUGAAUUUGCGUAACCCUUGUGUAAAGGUAAAGGGACUCCUGACAAUUAAGUCCAGUCGCGAAUGACUCUGGGGUUGCGGCGCUCAUCUCGCUUUACAGGCCGAGGGAGCCGGCGUUUGUCCGCUUCCGCAGACAGUUUUUCUAGGUCGUGUGGCCAGCAUGACUAAGCCGCUUCUGGCGAACCAGAGCACAGAAACACCAUUUACCUUCCCGCUGGAGUGGUACCUAUUUAUCUACUUGCACUGUGUGCUUUUGAACUGCUAGGUUGGCAGGAGCAGGGAUACAGUAAUGCAUCAAACAUUAAAAGCUUCCCUAAACAGGGCUGCCUUCAGAUGUCUUCUAAAAGUCUGGUAGUUGUUUAUCUCUUUGACAUCUGGUGGGAGGGUGUUCCACAGGGCGGGUGCCACUACCGAGAAGGCCCUCUGCCUGGUUCCCUGUAACCUCGCUUCUUGCAGUGAGGGAACUGCCAGAAGGCCCUCGGCGCUGGACCUCAGUGUCCGGGCUGAACGAUGGGGGUGGAGACGCUCCUUCAGAUAUACUGGGCCAAGGCCGUUUAAGGCAUAACGAGUGAUUCCCUGGGAACACAUUGUACUGUAUUCAGUAAGUGGAAUAUCUGCGAGUGCAUCAUCCCCUCUCCCUUCUUCCAGCUUCUAGACAUGAAGAUAUUCGUCGACACAGACUCUGACAUCCGCCUGGUCCGGCGCCUCCGCAGGGACAUUGGCGAGCGCGGAAGGGACAUCGAGGGCGUCAUCAAGCAGUACAACAAGUUUGUCAAGCCGGCCUUUGACCAGUACAUCCAGCCUACCAUGCGGCUGGCGGACAUUGUCGUCCCUCGGGGUAGGUGUCCUUUCUCUGGUCUCGCCUGGCGGGACAACAGCUUGUCCAGUGCUUAAAUUCUGCGUGUUUUCUGCGCAGAAUAAGGCUCUCCAUGGUUGUGAGACAUGAUGGGUAGGGUGAGCCUCAGGGCCCACACAAGUGCCAGGGGCUGGACUGAGGAGGAAUGGCCCUUUUCUGAACCUUCCCAAGGGCAGGAGGGCAGUAUUGAUUUAGAACAGCGGUUUGCAGAGGGGCAUAGUCCAGAGGGGAAAAGCUGGGAAAUACUGGGUGAGGAAUAGCUAGAAGAGAAAACACCAGGAGAGAGACAGCUGGAAGAUUCACUGUCCUUGGAAAGCAUUCCUGACCCCUUUCACCUAAGACUAGACAGGCUCUGAGCGUGAUAGAACAGAAAGUGCAAUGGCAACAAACUCAGAUUACCGUAUUUUCCGUCCCAUAGGAUGCUCCGUCCCAUAGGACGCACCUAGUUUUUUGGGGGGGAAAUAAAGGGAAAAAAAUUUCCCUUUAUUUCCCUCCCAAAAGCAGGUCGGGGAAACUGAACCAGGUCGAGGAACAGCGGGAUGGCGGCGCUGCACCUCCCUGCUGUCCCCCGAACUUGUGGGGCUGGCCAAUGUCUGCCCGGCACGAGGGGCGCCCUGCAGGAUGCUAUCCACAGCGUGGGGAGCCCUGCGGGGAACUCCUGCAGGGCUCCACAUGCUGCGGAUGUCUGUCCGGCGCGCGGGGCGCUCUGCUUCAGGGCGCCCCGCCCGCCGGGCGGCAGGCUGCUAUCCGCAGCCUAGACAUCCCUGGGGGACCUCCUGCAGGGCUGCCUAGGCUGCAGAUGUGUUCCCGAAGCGCCGGGAGCUCUGCUUUCAGCGCGCCCGGCGCUCCGGGAAGCAGGCUACUAUCCGCAGCCUAGACAGCCCUGCGGGAACUCCCGCAGGGCUGCCUAGGCUGCGGAUGUCUUCCUGAAGCCUGGAGAGCGAGAGGGAUCGGUGCGCACCGACCCCUCUCGCUCUCCAAGCUUCAGCGAAAACCUGCAUUCGCCCCAUAGGACACACCCAGAUUUCCCCUUCAUUUUUGGAGGGGAAAAAGUGCGUCCUAUAGGGCGAAAAAUACGGUACCCAACGUAGGAGUGAUGUAGAUUAAUGGGGGUGGAGGGGGUGAACCUUAACUGGGAGCAACGCCAUUUCUAGAGAGAGAUGCAUUCCUUUGUCUCUCGCUGUGAUUAUUAAGGAAACUAACUAGUAAGAAUGCUCCUUUCGUUUGAUCUGCUUAUUUACUGCCACCGGGGGAGGGAUCUGAUUCCUCAAAACAUGACUUCUCUUCCCCACCAGAGAAGAAGGGGUGAGUGAAGAUCUACAUCAGAAACAAGGGGAAAAUAUUAUUAUUAUUAUUAUUGGUACUCUGCCCGUCUGACUGGAUUGGCCCAGUCACUCUGGGUAGCUUCCAGCAUAUACAGAGACAUAAUAGAAUUGUAGAGUUAAAAGGGACCCUGGGGGUCAUCUAGUCCAACCCCCUGACCAAUGUGGAACUCGAACCCACAACCCUGAGAUUAAGAGUCUCCUGCUCUACCAGCUGAGAAAAAGACGGCAACUAUCCAAGGCAGCGUUCCUUCCAGCUGCUUCAGACUACAUGUCAUGGACCGGAAUAGCAGGGAGAGCCCAGCUGGUAGAGCAUCUUAAUCUCAGGGUUGUGGGUUUGAGCCCCACAUUGGGUGUUCCUGCACUGCAGGGGGUUGGACUAGAUGACCCUCAGGGUCCCUUCAAACUCUACAAUUCUGUGAUUCUAUAAAUCCCUUUGGUCCCAGUUGGUUGGAGCUGAUGGGAGUUGUCAUCCAAAACAGCCAGAGGGCACCACGUUGGCAAACAGUGCUGUAAGCAAGGGACAUUGCAAUGUUAAUUCGAUUGCAUACCGGUUGACUGUGUUCUGCUGCCCUCUAGUGGCUUUUCCGGGUCAUAGCUGUUAGGAAACAGGUAUCCACAAUUCUCUCUCUCUCUCUGCUCCGCUCCAGGCAGUGGGAACACCGUAGCCAUCGAUCUGAUCGUGCAACAUGUCCACAGCCAGCUGGAAGAGGUAAGAACUGUCGUGGGACAGGGCAGGAGGAAGGGCUGAACACUGGGUGUGCCGGUUGGGUAGGGGGACUCUUGCAAGCCCCUCCUUUGCUUCCACAUCUUCGGGCAAACAGAGCUGCCAGGGUGGGUUUUCCGGUGGGGUCUGCAAGGAGGCCCGGCCUCUUCUCAGAACGUGCCCCAAAGACCCUCAGAUUCUGCUGAAAAGGAUUCCAGAUCAGACUCCAUACUUGGCCCAUGCUUCCCAGUCGUCUAGCAAAGGGGACGAGGGAACUCUCAAGGCCAUCUUCUCCAGCUGGUCAAAUUCCAGACAUCUUCAGGCCAUCUUGGGGAAGUCUGUCCUCAUGCAAAUUCUCUGGGCAGGACUACGAAAGUCAUUUGCCAUGUCUUUAUCCCGACCUUCCUCCAGCGAACUAAGGCAACCUAUCGGGUUCUCUUCCCCGUUUUCCUACCCUCCUUGAGCAUUUGAUCCUCACCACCUGUGAGAUGGGCCACGGGCCCGAGAUCGCCCAGAGAGCUCUGCAACUUUGCGGGCAGCGAAAUGCUAACCGGCUCAAGUCCUAAUCCAACGUACUCUCCCUGGCUUCCUCCAACCUUGCUCCUUCCAGAUGUUGAUGUGCUACAACAACCCAUAAACCCCCAAGCCAUUGGCCACGUUGACUGAGGCUGGUGGGCGUUGGAACCCAACAACAUCUGUCGGCAUCGUUAGGCUGGGGCAACCAAAGCCAGGGCCGUCUUAAGCAUAUGUGGCGCCGGGGUGAAAAAUUCUGCCCCGUGUGCCCCCCCAGGUUGCCCAGAGUUAUUGACCUUUUUUAGGGGGAACCCCAAAGUUGUUGACCUUUUUUUAGGAAAGGUUCCACAGACUUGUUGAUCCAGUGCAACAAACAAACCAGCCCGAGUUGUUGGCAUCGAUGUCUGAUCAAGGCCGGGCACCUUGUGGUGUAAUAGUAAUAAUAAUAAUAUAAUAAUAAUUUAUUAUUUAUACCCCGCCAUCCGGCUGGGCUUCCCCAGCCACUCUCGGCGGCUUCCAACAAAACCCUAAAAUACAAUAACCUAGUAAACAUUAAAAGCUUCCCUAAACAGGGCUGCCUUCAGAUGUCUUCUGAAAGUUUGGUAGUUAUUUUUCUCUUUGACAUCUGGUGGGAGGGCAUUCCACAGGGCGGGCGCCACCACCGAGAAGGCCCUCUGCCUGGUUCCCUGGAACUUGGCUUCUCACAGCGAAGGAACCGCCAGAAGGCCCUCAGUGCUGGACCUCAGAACAAUGGAGGUGGAGACGCUCCUUCAAGUAUACUGGACCAAGGCCGUUUAGGGCUUUAAAGGUCAGCACCAACUGACCUUUGUGCUCGGAAUUGUGCUCGGAAUUGUGCUCGGAAACGUACUGGGAGCCAGUGUAGGUCUUUCAAGACCGGUGUUAUGCGGUCUCGGCGGCCACUCCCAGCCACCAGUCUGGCUGCCGCAUUCUGGAUUAGUUGCAGUUCCGAGUCACCUUCAAAGGUAGCCCCACGUAGAGCGCAUUGCAGUAGUCCAAGCGGGAGAUAAUUAGAGCAUGCACUAUGCCAAUCCCACACCCCUGCCACCUAUGGUUAAGACGGCCCUGACCAAAGCAAAAGGGUGGCAUUAUUAUUACUAAUACUAUUAUUAUUACUCUAACCACUAUGCGGCACUGCCCAACACAACUGAGGUAGAGUGUGACCACAUAGUAUUUGAUUGGGCAGCAGCUCCAAGCUCACAUCAAACUGCUUCUUGGCACUGGAUCCGAUUCUACGAUCCUGUGGUGAGGAUCAGCCCCACAUCAACUAACUGUGUGGAACAGACCCAACUGCAGAGAGCAAUGAGUCGGGCUUGGGGAACCUGCGGCCCUCUAGAUACUAGUGGACUCCAACUCCCAUCAUUCCUUGUCAGCCUGGCCAGUGCUCAGCGCUGAUGGGAUUUGUAGCCUUGGGGGGGGGGGGAAUCUGGAGAGCCACCAGUUCUCUGUCCUUGCAAUAAAUAAUACAAGAAGCCACUGCAGCUGAAUUUGAGAAGUACUGGUCUAAUUGGGAAAUCCCAGGAAAGGGGGAAUUUGCUCCUGCUCCACUCCAACCCUUCUGAGAAGUGGAGUGGGGAGUUUUUUGUAGUGGGGGGAGCAGCCCCACCCCCUCCAUUUAGGGACCAUCAAAAAGGAUCAGUAAUCUAGAAGACAACCAAGGAGGAACCGAAGAGCCUCUGCCCAACUCUUGAGAUGUAUAUAUAGGCGGCAAGUUAAUUUUUGUCCUGUCUGAGAAGGUUCUUGGGACCUGCCCCCGAAUGACUGGUGGGGGGAGGAGGGGGGGCGAAAGGCGCCAAAGGUGGGGGCAGGUCUCUGGAACUCACUUGCAAACUAACCGCAUGAAAUCCUCUGUUGCCCACCGGGUUGUCAGUUUGGGUGUUUGGAUGUGUUUAUUCCAACCGCCCGUCCCCGUUUUCUGUUAUUUCUUAAAAAGCUGUUUGCUUGUUCAGCUUCUUUGCUCAGUUUGCAGCUCUCGCAGGGUGGGGAGAAGAUUUCAACUCAUGGGGGGAGAGAAGGGGGCGGUUUGCAAUAAAUCUGCAACUUGGGGCUGCUCAGUACCGUAUUUUUCGCUCCAUAAGGCGCACCGGACCAUAAGGUGCACCUAGUUUUUAGAGGGGGAAAUCAAGGAAAAAAAUAUUAUCCCCCCCCCCAGCCCCAAAGGGCAGCGGACAGGCUCCAUGCAGUCUGUCCACUUCUCCCACAGCUCCUUGGGGCUGCCGGGGAAGCCCGGGUCCCCCCCUCCCAGCCCCAAAGAGCAAAAAAGCCAAGACAGCGAGCGGGAUCCAUCCCACUCACUGUCUUGGCUUCUUUAGCCGCGCGCAGCCUCUCCAGCCGGGAGAGGCUGCACUCGACUAUGGCAACUCCCCCACCUCCCGCAAAAGCCCACAGGAGCCUGCGGGCUUUUCUAUGAGGAGGGAGAAGGGACUGAUUGGCUGUGUCAGUCCCUUCUCGCUCCUGGGGAAAAGCCCGCAAGAGCCCCGUGGAGCUUGUGUGCGGCUCUUGGGGGCUUGUCCUGCCUGCCUCCCCCCUGCAUUCGCUCCAUAAGACGCACACACAUUUCCCCUUACUUUUUAGGAGGGAAAAAGUGUGUCUUAUGGAGCGAAAAAUACGGUAUCUGGAGCAAACAAUGAACAAAAAACCUUGUGGUCAAAUAUCUGAAAGGUGCUCUCAGUUGAUUACACUGCAGUUUUAAAAAAUCGUAAUUUUUAAUUCAAGGACUAAACCAUACUAGCAGGGAGGAUAUGACAAAACCAUUUGUCUCCCAUGCCCGGGAGGGCAUAGCUUCUGUACUAAAACACCUGUGGCACUCAACUGCACCCCCUAAAAUAGCCCCCCCCAGCAUGGGGCCUUCCAGAUGUUUUUGAACUACAACUCCCAGUGCACGCAACAGCCAGGGAUGAUGGGAGUUAUAGUUCAAAAUAUCUAGAGGCCAACAGCUUCAGGAAGGCUGCUCAAAAACCACUCGCUUUUCUUCCUCAGAGAUAAUAUUUAUGCAAACGUCUUGUGUGUAAAGCGCAAUUUCGUACCUGCUGCCGGCUGGUGGAAACACCACAGAGCAGUUUAAAGGAAAGCACCAGGAAACCAGUUUAAACAGUGACAGAAUUUGAACAAAGAGCAUGAAAGAACCAGGAAGAGCAGGCUUAAAACCUUCAGUGCUGAAUUUCAAAGAGUUGAAGUAAAAUAAAACUUUUCUGCCUGCCUGAGAGUCACCAGGGUUGGGGCCAGAGCAGUAUACCUAAGGACGAAACCCCAUAACUUGGGGGGCUGCCACAGAACUUAGGCAGAUCUGCUGGAUUCUGAAUCUGAACGGCAGGUGGACAUUUCCAGUGGCUUCAGCUGACUCAAGAUGUCUUUAUUUGGUCAUUGGCCCAUGGGCUUGCACACCAUGUGGGUGUUCAGAGCGAGAAUUCAACGGAUCCCUGCAACAUGCGCCAUUCAGACUGCGCGCGCGCACACACACACCCCAGUCUCUCCCUCCUUACAGUUAUUUUUAAAUGCUAAUUUUAAAUUCUAGGGCUAAAUCAUACCAGGCAAUUCUGAAGCUGCUCUUACCAGUUUGGAGUUCAGGUGUAUUUAUCCCCUUCUGUUUUCUCCCCACCACAUACACUUUGUUUUUUAAAAAAAACCUUUAAAUCUCGCAGAGACACCAUAGGUAAUAUUAGAUUUGAGCGAAAUCCUAAACCCGAUUAAAUAUGUAUGCUUCUUUUGGGGGGGGGGAACCUGCCAGACGUGGCGUUAUUUGGGAAACGUAGUUGCGUGGUUAGUUGUGGCAGCUUUGCAAAGCGGCCUCCCGCCCCCCAAGAGAGCUGCCCCCUGAGCAAAGCUGAAAUCGCAGCGGGUGCUUUUUAAAAAUAAUAAUAAUAAUAAUAAAGAUGCUAACUGCUCCAAGUGCUGUGAAUCCCGGGAAAACGUGUCUCCCUGUGUUUUUAUUUCCCUUUUUGCCUCUUAACGCCCUGCUGGUGUUUCCACUGUUUUAAUACGGGGGUUUGCUCGCUGUUCUUUGUGUUGCCACGGCAGAGAGAACUCAGCGUCAGGUAAGGGCUCCUCCUAACUGUCUCCCUCUCUGUGUGUCCUCCUUUUACUGUCUGCAAGGACAAAAAUGCAUCUUAAUAACUGGUGCUGCUAAGCCAACUGUUUGCUGAGGCUGUGUGUUUGUGUGUGUGUGCAUAUUUGUGUGUUUAAACAUUCAAAUUCCUGCAGAAUUGUCACCGGAUACAUGCGCAGAGAUCUGAUGGUCAGGGGGCAAGGGCCAUCACUUAUCUGCGUUAUCACAGAAUCACAGAGUUGGGAGGAAACCUGAGGCUCAUCUAGACCAACCCCGCCUCUCCCCCCAGCAAUGCAGGGAUAUGCAGCCAUCCCUUACAGGAAUCGCUGCCCCCUGUCCCUGCAUGACAAGGCCCUCAGAUUCUGUGCUGAAGUGCUCUUGCGGUCCAUUUGGUGACGAUGGUUGGUCCUGUGAUAAGAAUUUUAAGGUUCCCGCCUGGCUUGACCCAGCCAACCUCCCAAAACAGAAAGGAGCCUUCUCAGGGGAGUAUCGGGGAGCGCAGGUAAUAAUAAUAGUAAUACAGUGGUGCCCCACAAGACGAAUGCCUCGCAAGACGGAAAACCCGCUAGACAAAAGGGUUUUCCGUUUUGGAGGUGCUUCGCAAAACGAAUUUCCUAUGGGCUUGCUUCGCAAGACGAAAAUGUCUUGCAAGUUCCUGCGGGGUUUUUUUCCUCCCCCCCCCCUUUUUCCCAAGCCGCUAAGCCGCUUAUCAGCUGAUCCGCUAAGCCGCUAAGCCGCUUAACAGCUGAUCGCUAAGCCGCUUAUCAGCUGAUCUGCUAAACCGCUUAACAGCUGAUCCGUUAAGCCACUAAGCCGCUUAUCAGCUGAUCCGCUAAGCCGCUUAACAGCUGAUCCGUUAAGCCACUAAGCCGCUUAUCAGCUGAUCUGCUAAGCCGCUUAACAGCUGAUCUGCUAAGCCACUAUGCCGCUUAUCAGCUGAUCCGCUAAGCCCGCUAAGCUGCUAAUAGCGCUAAUCCGCUAAACCGCUAAUGGGCUUGCUUCGCAAGACGAAAAAACCGCAAGACGAAGAGACUCACGGAACGGAUUCUUUUCGUCUUGCGAGGCACCACUGUAGUAGUAGUAGUAGUAGUAGUAAUAAUAGUUUAUUCUCUAUACCCCUCCCAUCUGACUGUGUUUUCCCAGCCACUCUGGGCGGCUCCCAACAGAAUAAACACGAUAAAAGAUCAAACAUUAAAAACUUCCCUGAAGUUGUCUUCUAAAAGUCAGGUGGUUGUUUAUUUCCUUGACAUCUGGUGGGAGGGCAUUCCACAGGGCGGAUGUCACUACCGAGAAGGCCCUCUGCCUGGUUAUUUAAUCAUAAUCAUAAUAAUUUAUUAUUUAUACCCCCAGCCACUCUGGGCAGCUCCCAAUUGUGUGUUAAAUACAAUACAGCAUUAAAUAUUAAAAACUUCCCUAAACAGGGCUGCCUUCAGAUGUCUUUUAAAGAUAAGAUAGCUGCUUAUUUCCUUCACAUCUGAAGGGAGGGCGUUCCACAGGGUGAGUGCCACUACUGAGAAGGCCCUCUGUCUGGUUCCCUGUAACCUCACUUCUUGCAAUGAGGGAACUGCCAGAAGGCUUUCGGCGCUGGAUCUCAGUGUCCGGGCUGAACAAUGGAGGUGGAGACGCUCCUUCAUACAGGACCGAGGCCAUUUGGGGCUUUAAAGGUCAGCACCAACACUUUGAAUUGUGCUCAGAAACGUACUGGGAGCCAGUGUAGGUGUUUCAGGACCGGUGUUAUAUGGUCUCGGCGGUCACUCCCAGUCACCAGUCUGGCUGCCACAUUCUUCACACCUUCAAAGGUAGCCCCACGUAGAGCGCAUUGCAGUAGUCCAAGCUUGGGGCUUCAGCUUGCUACCUCAAAUAUGGGAAGCUGUACUGAGUCAGACCAAUUCUCCUUCUAAUUUAGCACUGCCUAUGCCAGCUAGCAAGGGACAUGGGUGACGCUGUGGGUUAAACCACAGAGCCUAGGACUUGCUGAUCAGAAGGUCGGCAGUUCGAAUCCCCGCGACGGGGUGAGCUCCCGUUGCUCGGUCCCUGCUCCUGCCCACCUAGCAGUUCGAAAGCACGUCAAAGUGCAAAUAGAUAAAUAGUUACCGCUCCGGCGGGAAGGUAAACGGCGUUUCCGUGCGCUGCUCUGGCUCGCCAGAAGCGGCUUAGUCAUGCUGGCCACAUGACCCGGAAGCUGUACGCCGGCUCCCUCGGCCAGUAAAGCGAGAUGAGUGCCGCAACCCCAGAGUCAGUCACAACUGGACCUAAUGGCCAGGGGUCCCUUUACCUUUACCUAUGCCAGCUAGCAACAACCCUCAAGGGUUUCAGUCAGGGGUCUUUCUCAGCCCCCCAUGGAGACAUGGCUGGGGUCGAGUUUGGGACCUUCCCUUGAGCCACCCCCCCCAGCCCUGCCUGAAAACCCUCCCGUCUUUCGGCCCCCACUGCCCCUCAUAUCCCCCAGUCUCUCCACAAACCUGAGCCUGCAGUCACCCAUGGGCCAUUUGAGGCUGUUUGAGUUACCAGCUAUUUAGGGAGGUCCAGAACAUCUCCGUUCCCGACGAAGAAUAGAAUUGGGGGAGGGAGCAGUUCAAAAGCCUUUAAAUAAUUGGAGCCCAGCCGAAUAGAAGAUACAACUUCUCUUUCUGCUUUCUCCACACACACACACACACAUUUUUCUAUAUGUCUGGAAAUGCUUUUUGGAAGAAGAAAAAGUUUUUAGGAGACGGCGUUCCAGAAAUAGAUCCCUCCGUGUGGAUCUGCCACGCCUUACCUCAGCUCCCAGCCUUGAUCCCCUCAAGGCGCCCUCCUUAUGGGCGCCUGGGGGCACAAUAGCCCCCACAUCUUGGAAAUGUCAAGCCACUUCAAGGCUGCCCUCCUCCCCGUUUGAAAACCCUCAUCUGGGCUGUGCUCCUUCCUCUCCCUUCCUCUGUCUUCUCGCUUUUUCUCUUGUCUGCUUCCUGUUUGAUUCUGCGAGAGCGCAAUGAAAGGAACCGGUGACAUUUACCGCCCCGCCUGCUUUUUUUGUGGGGAUUUGUGUGUGUCUUUUGAGCUGGUCACCCGGCCUUUUUGAAGGGUUUUUGUUCUCCGGGGAAGAAGGCUGAGGAGGAGGAGGAGGGGCAGAAGAUUUGGUUUCCAAAUGCGAGACUUAAUUUUUUAAAAAAUAGAUGAACGAGGAAAGGAAAAAGACCAAAAAAAGAAAGACACCAUCCGCUUAAGGCUGCUUAUCAGUUUUUUCCACUACCGGUCAGACACAGCAAAGAGGUGGCAGGAAGCGCCGAGUACCUGUGUAAAAUUCAGGGGCGAAAGGAAGGCGACCGCUUUAGGCAUGAUAGAAGUCCUUAAGAUAACGCACGGAAAAGGGAAAGAGGAAAGACUUUCUCUCUCAUAACGCCAGGCCUCCCUCGACCUCCAAUAAAGCUGUAUGUUGGAAGAGUCAGGGCAGAUAAAACAACGCUGUCCAGGGCUCGUCAAGACUGCGGAGAGAAUAACUGGGUGCACUCUUCCCACCUUGGAUCAAAUCUAUGCUUCCAGGUGCCAUAAGAAAGCUGCAGAGAUAGCGCAGGACAGUGCGCACCCCGGAAAUGAUCUCUUCCAACUUCUGCCUUCUGGAAGAAGGUCCAGGGUUAUAAAGACCAGGACUAGCCGCCUGGGAAACAGCUUCUACCCAAACACGAUUUUGGUUUUAAAUGCAGUGCAAGGAGUCUGUAUGGGAGUAUGUUGUAUUUUAAAACGGGGUGUCAGAGUUUUUAGGGGGCCAACCAGGCUGGGAUAGCUGGGAUAGCAGGCUUGUUGGGUUUUGAAUGUCCUUUGUAGAUUUUUCAAUUUCGUUGUUCUGUAUGGGACAGUGACAAUAAAGAUUAUCGUAUCGUAAAAGAAAGCGCUUCUUCACACAGUUAAACUGUGGGACUCCCUGCCACAGGAGGGCAGUGAUGGCCACUAACUUGGAUGGCGUUAAGAAAGGACAGAUUCAUGGAUGAGGGGGUUGUUGGUGGCUACAAGCCAUGGUGGCCGUGUUCUGUUUCUGUGGUCAGAGGCAGCAAUUCUUCUGAGAAACAGUUACUGGGGAACACAGGACAGGGAGAGGGCUAGAAACCUGCUUGUUGGUUUCCCACAAGCAUCUGGUUGGCUGCUUUUGAGAACAGGAUGCUGGACUAAAUAAUAAUAAUAAUAAUAAUAAUAAUAAUAAUAAUAAUUUAUUAUUUAUACCCCGUGCAUCUGGCUGGGUUUCCCCAGCCACUCUGGGCAGCUUCCAACUGAAUAUUAAAAACAAUACAGCAUCAGACAUUAAAAUCUUCGCUAAAUGGGGGCGCCUUCAGUUGUCUUUUAAAAGUAAAAUACCGUAUUUUUCGCUCUAUAACACGCACCCGACCAUAACACGCAAGUAGUUUUUAGAGGAGGAAAAUCCGUAGGCAUGCCACCCGUAGGCAUUCCCUCCAUAACACGCACAGACAUUUCCCCUUACUUUCUAGGAGGAAAAAAAUGAGUGUUAUGGUGCAAAAAAUACGGUAGUUGUUUAUUGCCUUGACAUCUGCUGGGAGGGUGUUCCACAGGGCAGGCGCUACUACCGAGAAGGCCCUCUGCCUGUGACCUCACUUCUUGCAGGGAGGGAACCGCCAGAAGGCCCUCAGCGCUGGACCUCAGUGUGCGGGCUGAACAAUGGGGGUGGAGACGCUCCUUCAAGUCUACUGGGCCGAGGCCAUUUAGGGCUUUAAAGGUCAGCACCAACACUUUGAAUUGUGCUCGAAAACGUACUGGGAGCCAGUGAAGAUCUUUCAGGACCGGUGUUACAUGGUCUCGGCGGCCGCUCCCAGUCACCAGCUUAGCUGCCGCAUUCUGGAUUAGUUUCUAAGUCACCUUCAAAGGUAGCCCCAUGUAGAGCGCAUUGCAGUAGUCCAAGCAGGAGAUAACUACAUGGGCCACUGGCUUGAUCCUGAAGGCUCUUCUUGGGUUCUGAACAUUCUUUCCGUUUUAACACACUUGCUACUGGGUUAUUUUAAUAAAGCAGACCUCCAAAUGCGAUGUUAUUUUGGCAGUAAUGGCCCUGAAUUGUCGAGAAGGCGCUUGAUACACUUGAGAGGUUCUUAUGGGAGAAUUCCCCGAGUUACAGCUUCUCCCAACUCUUGCAGAAGUUGACAUCUCUGCCCUGUGCAAUCCUUCAGAGGCUGUGCCAGAAAACACUCUGUGAGACUAAGUUGGUGUGGGAGCGGGCAAAGUUUGGUAAGGACCAGCCUGAGGGCCACACGACCUUGCAGGCAACCUCCCAGGGGCCGCAUGUAACAAAUUCCAUGCCAAAGCUAGGCGUUCCUACUCCUCUCCACCCAGCCAUACAAAUGAUUUUGUUACAGGUCAAGGAUUCUGCAUCCAGGCAAAAGAGAUGCAAGAUGCUUUUCCAGGGCAAAUCCCCCACCCCUUUCUAAAAAUUAAGUGCUCUUAUUUCCCUGCUUUAUUUUCUUUUCCCUCCCUCUUUGGUUAUCCGUGUCUCUCUGUGCGUUUGGUUGUCUGUUACCUGCUUGGCUCAUCCCUGAACUACAAUUCCCAUCUGAUGAACAGAGGAAACUCCGCUGGGAUAUGUGAGGAUCAAAUUGCACCCUCCAACUUACUAUUUUCUUUUUUUCUUUUGUUUUGGUUUGAAUACUAAAUCGAGUGUCAUGCUUUUGCCAAAGUCUAGGUCUAGGCCUGCAUGAUGAGGAAUCUACCGUGUGGGUCGGCGCACCCCCUAUAGCGGGGGUAUCUUUUUAAUUAAGAAAGUUAUAUACCUCCACCACCACCCCAACUAUAAGCCACUGGGAGGUUUAUAGCAUAAUGAGCAACUUAACAUACGAGAGAGCUGGGGAGUCCCAUAGUACCCAGGAUAUAAGGCGUGGGGCAGAAAUUCAGUCUGGGUCACAUGUCAAUGCAAACCCAUCCCAAUUUGUGCUUCCCCAAACAAUCUAUGAACUGGAGCACAGCCUUCCUUUGAACUUCUCCCAAUUUUGCCAGGAGGGUGUAUUAUUAUCGAUUUGCUAAUUGCCUCCUAAACAACCAUCUCAGGGCAAUGUACAACAAAGACAAUUAAGAACAGAUGAGAACACAAAAACAGCAGAAACAACAACAACAAAACAGUCUUGAGGGAUCAAGCAGCUGUCGCUCAUUAAGCUGAAUCAAGCCCCCCCCCGCUCCCCCCAAGCUGUUUUAUGACUGUUUUAUCCCAAUGCAAUUGGCAUUGGGACCAUGGCAUGGAUGGAGGGAGUAUUUCACAGAAUAAUUGAAAUGUUAUAUUGGAAGGGAUCCUGAGCAUCGUCCAGUCUAACCCCUUGCAAUGGAGGAAUGAAUCUUUAAACCCCCCCUCUUUUACUAUGGUCCUAGUAAAUACCCCCCAACAGUUACUUGUUCUGGAAGGGAAGCUUCUGUUGGCUUCUAUUUGGGGAUUAAAAAAAUAUUAAUCAGGGGCAUUGAGGGAUAAACUGUUCCUCUACCUCCCAAUACGGUCCCAAUGCAGAUCAGGGUCUCCCACGGUUGCUAUUUUAAAAAUCCUUUAGUAGAAACAAAUUAACACACACACACACACACACACAAAAGCAAGUAAGUAAUGAAGGAGUUGACAACAUGGCGCCCCUGGGCACAAGGGCUCCCUUGAGAUCUUCCGCCAGAACCCUUGAAAAGUCCAUAGAUCUGACACUCUUUCUAGCUCCUUGCUAAGCAUUCGUACAGUUCUGGACCAUCUCCCUGACUCCUGGUUAACCCUCUUCCAUUCGACUGGCUUGUGGUUGGUUCUCUGUGUGUUUGCAUGUGCGCCUCUUUCUGCCAGACCCAAAACUGGCGAGGCACAAACCUUUAACCAGCUUCUUUUUUGCGUGUGCAUGUUUUAAUGUUCCUCUUUUUCCCCGCUCGCCCUGAAUUAAGGCUCGCGUGUGUGAUUCCGCGAGCGGAAAGGAUCUCCACAAGGCCCUUUGUCCAUCCUAACCAACCACACAGACACAGGGGACACAAAAAGCCUGGCUCUGAACAAAUAAAGGGUGUCCUAAUUAGAACCUCCUUCCUCUUCCUCCUCCAAGCUGCUAGCUAAGCUGCCGGCCGCUCCUCAAAACCACCAGUUUGUCAUUCAGAUGUGACUCAUCCUGACCCUUUUAUUCCUCCAUCGACUAAGGAAGCUGGGCCCCAGUUUUCAUUUUGGCAACGAGGCUUUGUCCUUCGCCCCACCACCCGCAGGAGACAGAACUCCACCCGUUAGGCUGUUUUGAAAUAAUAAUAAUAAUAAUAAUAAUAAUAAUAAUAAUAAUAAUUUAUUAUUUAUACCCUGCCCAUCUGCCUGGGUUUCCCCAACAGAAUAUUAAAAUACAAUAGUCUAUUAAACAUUAAAAGCUUCCCUAAACAGGGCUGCUUUCAGAUGUCUUCUAAAAGUCUGGUAGUUGUUGUUCUCUUUGAUAUCUGGUGGGAGGGUGUCCCACAGGUGCCACUACCGAGAAGGCCCUCUGCCUGGUUUCCUGUAACUUGGCUUCUCGCAGCGAGGGAACCACCAGAAGGCCCUCGGAGCUAGACCUCAGUGUCCGGGCAGAACAAUGGAGGUGGAGACGCUCCUUCAGAUAUACUGGACCGAGGCCGUUUAGGGCUUUGAAGGUCAGCACCAACACUUUGAAUUGUGCUCAGAAACGUACUGGGAGCCAAUGUAGGUCUUUCAAGACCGGUGUUAUGUGGUCGUGGUGGCUGCUCCCAGUCACCUGUCUUGUUAUCUAUCUGUCAUCCAUCUAUCUAUCUAAUUUAUAUCCCGCCCCUCGUCCCAAAGGAUGCCAGUGCCCUGACCCCACAGUCGGAGACAGCAAUAUUCUGAAACCCAGUUGCUGGAAACCAAAGGAGGGGAGAGUCAGUCCUGUGCUCCGAUCCCUGGGCAGGAUUCCCAGAGGCAUCUGGCUGGCCAAUGUGAGAUCAGGAUCCUGGACCAGAUGGUCCCUGGCCCUGAUCCGGCAGGCUCUCCUUGGUUCCGCCCUGCCCAACCUCCUGUGUCAAGUUCAGCCACGGCUCCCUGCUAAGCGCUGCCGAUAACUUACUCAAGUGAGGUGGCCGGGAGUGAGAUUCAUGGGGAUGAUUAGGGAGGCAGGAGAGGAUAUAUUAUUUCAUGAUAUCCUUCCCAACUUGCGCCAGCAAGUUCCAUAUUCUAGCAGAGUUCCAAACAUCCCCCCUUUUAAAUUACGCAGCGAUCAGCUUGUUGCUGACUCAUCUGAGUCUUCCUAUUAAAAGAUUCCUUCCUGGUAAAAUCCCUCUUAAAAAGAAUAAACACAAGAAUCUGAUUAACAUUAAUAUAAAUGUAAUUUACUCACAGAUCCAUUCAGGUUCACAGACCUAUCCCUGAAGGCAGGCUUAGGUUACAUAACAACUAGAACUACAGUCAUACCUCAUGUUACGUCUACUUCAUGUUACGUUCUUUCAGGUUAUGUCCCGCAGCAGCCCGGAAGUACCGGAAAGGGUUACUUCCGGGUUUCGCCGCUCGCACAAAAACAGAAGCGCAAAAUGGCAUCACACGCAUGCGCAGAAGUGGUGAAUCGCAACCUGCACAUGCAUAAACGCACUGCUGUGGGUUGCGCUCUUUUCAUGUUGCGAAUGGGCCUCUGGAAUGGAUCCCGUUCGCAAUCAGAGGUACCACUGUGUUCCAUAAAUAAGUUAGUCCCAAGUGACUGCGACUAGACAGUCACUUCUCCAAACACACAGCAACAUACAAAAUGGAGAACACACACUGAUCAGAACAUGGAGGCCAUGUGGUCCUCCAUGCUAGUACAACAGACCACCCCCUCUUCAAGUCACAUGUAGUGAAAGUCUGUCCCAGCUCAGGAGGAAACAGGAACUCUUCUCCUGAGUGGUACAAAACAUCCCCUAACAUGUCCACUGUAGGAAUGUUGUACUGGGCUGCAGUUUUACAUCCCACAAGAUUCCCUUGCCCAUUGAGCCUGUCCAUGAGGCGUUUUAGCCAUGGCGAAAGGUCUGUGUGGUUUGUUCAGAUGAGGAAAGCCAUGGGAUCUUUGGGGUGGCUUUUCUGGCUGGGGGAGGGAGCCGGACUUCCCCAAGAAGCCUUCAACUUGACUUUAAUUCUCCUCUUUUUCUUCAGGGCAGCACUGGCCUCGGCCCACCAAUGCCACCCUCUCCCCAAGACUCUCAGUGUGCUGAAGAACACCCCGCAAGUGAAAGGCAUGCACACAAUCAUCCGGUGAGUUGGGUGCCUUGUUCUAAGUUCUUUUCAGCACCACGGAGAGCUCCUGGCGAGCCGCUUACUCCAUUGAGAGCAGGAAGCAAACUGUUGCCUGUUGAGCAUCCGCCUCCAGACCCCCCUUUCCUGUGCUCUGCCACACAAGUGACAAGAAAGGAGAUUCAGACUCAACAUCAGGAAGAACUUUCUGACAGUAAGAGCAGUUUGACAGGGGAACCGUCUCCCUCGGGAGGUUGUAGACUCCCCUUCCUUGGAGGCUUUUAAGCAGAGGUUGGGUGGCCAUCUGUCAGGGAUGCUUUAGCUGUGAUUCCAGCAUCGCAGGGGUUUGGACUAGAUGACCCUCGUGUCCCUUCGAACUCUUAUAAUUCUAUGAACCUAAUGCCUUCCUUCUCUCCUCUUCGUUACCCUUUCAGGGACAAGGAGACAAGUCGGGAUGAGUUUAUCUUCUACUCCAAACGGCUGAUGCGUCUCCUGAUUGAACAUGCACUGUCCUUCCUGCCUUUCCAGGUAGGCUGAUCAAAGCGUUCUUCCAAACCACGGGUAGGCAAACUAAGGCCCAGAGGCAGGAUCUGGCCCAAUCGCCUUCUAAAUCCGGCCUGCAGACAGUCCGGGAAUCAGCGUGUUUUUACAUGAGUAGAAUGUGUGCUUUUAUUUAAAAUGCAUCUCUGGGUUAUUUGUGGGGCAUAGGAAUUCGUUCACUCCCCCCCAAAAAAAUAUAGACCGGCCCCCCACAAGGUCUGAGGGACAGUGGACCGGCCCCCUGCUGAAAAAGUCUGCUGACCCCUGUUCCAAACCAUGGCUGAGCUGAAAGGGAUCAGGACUCUUUUGAAAGAGGAUCCUGUCUCUUUGGGUGAUUUGUCACAGCAUCAUUGGGAGGGAGCAGGCAGCGUGCUCAUUUUGCAUCCUCUUGAUUGGUUGGGGUCACCCAUGUGGCCUCUAGAAGAGGCAUUGCCCUCACUCAAAAUGGCGCCCAUCUGCCAGCCGCCAAAUCUGAUUGGUCGCAUUAUAUUGCAAUGUUGCCUCUGGUGCAUAAUCUCCAAUGGCUUGGGAUCACUUGAAUGAAAUGCAGGGGAAAUGACUGAUUUGGCACCAGAUUGCAAGGCAGGGAGGUGAUUUGUGAACAGCGUUAAACAGCUGAGAAAAGCAGAGUUUGGAGGCUUUUGGGGAGUGAGGUUUGCCCCACCUGAAAUCGUGGGUUUCAAGCGAGAAGGUGGACCUGGAAAACGUUCUGUUCAGCCCUAAAUCUAAGAAGAAAAUUCGAGGGCAGGCGAUGCCACAAAAGGAGUGGCGUUCAAGUCCAGAGAGGAGUUUUCUUCUCUCGCUGAACACAGUUUAAAGAAGCAAUACAGUGGUACCUCAGGUUAAGUACUUAAUUCAUUCUGGAGGUCCGUUCUUAACCUGAAACUGUUCUUAACCCGAAGCACCACUUUAGCUAAUGGGGCCUACUGCUGCUGCCACGCCGCCGGAGCGCGAUUUCUGUUCUCAUCCUGAAGCAAAGUUCUUAAUCUGAAGCACUAUUUCUGGGUUAGCGGAUUCUGUAACCUGAAGCGUAUGUAACCUGAAGCGUAUGUAACCUGAAGCGUAUGUAACCUGAGGUAACACUGUAUCAGGCUAAACUUAAUUAUGCCCCCAAAGUGACCUUCCUUGCUCGUAAAAUCCUCUGGAACCUCACCCCUGCUCUCUGCACCCUUUUUGUGGCCUGGGAAGAGAGCUGGAUAGAAAUGGUUUCAGCGAUGGGCGCUUGCAUUCUGCCCUAAGGAAACCUGGAUUUGCAGCCUGCAUAAGUUGUUUUUUAAAAAUGCACAUGUCUGUUUGUUUUGCGUAAUUUAUUCUGCUUUUCUGCCACUGAUGAGCUCUGUACUUCUCACUUGGACUCUGUCCCUCCCCAAAUUCCAUAUUAAUUCCUGUGUGCCGUUGCCUUUCCAGACUUGCACAGUUCAGACCCCGCAAGGGCAGGACUAUGAAGGCCGAAAUUACAGUGGGAAGCAAGUAAGUGUCGCUGGCAGAGGAUUCUCAAAGCAGAGUCCGGAGAAAACCAGGGGUGUGUGAAACCUGCUCCUCUUUUGAUCCAUAGUUCCAGCUUUCUGCAUGUGGCAUCUUCUAUUUGGGACAAAUCUUAACACGCUCUUUUUGCAUUGUGGUGUUUUGAGGGGAUAUUUGCUGAAGCCUUUGACAGGUGCUGUGCUGGCAGUCACUCCUGCACCUGUCGGUGUCACAACAGUGACCCCUGGGUUUCUAUAUCUGCACAUUCAGUAGUUUUCAAUAACUCGGACCUUUUGGACAGCUUUCUCCUAAAAAUAGCACACAUCUGGGUCUGAGCAUCCUUGAGUCUGAUGCAUCUGGAGAGUGUUGGGACCGUGGGAUGGAAAGCCAGCUGGCUUGGCCCCAGCCGGAUCGUGUCCCUUCUCAGCCUUGCCAUUUCGGAGAUCCAUCAGUCAUCCUCCUAAGACGUGCGUCUGUGACUCAUUCUGCUGUGCAUGGCAAGAGCACACAUUACUCAGCAGAGUAAACACACAACAGAUCAGGCUCGAGGCGUGGAUACUAUACUAAACUACGCAUUUAUGAUACAUAAAUCAGGCAAAGAAAAACAUGGCUUCUCUCCUUGUCGUUCUUCUCUGAGAGAGACAAAACAAAAGCAAUACAGAGCGGAUGUUCCGCUCACGGGACUCCAGCAAUCUGUGCUGGAAUGUGAACAGACAUGUGACAUGUAACAAUCCCACAUAUCUGCAGCAAAGGGUGGAAUGGAAUUCCCAACUAAACCUGACGCAAACCCCAAAAGGAAAGAACAGGCCCAGUUUCUGUUGAGAAGAACCCACCAACAGCUGAAGGAAGCAAGAGGAGAAUGUAGCAAGAGAAAGGUUUUCUGCUGUUUAAAAGGUUUUUUUCUAAUUGAUGAAUUGCCUAGCUUCACUCGGUUUAAAAUUAAUUAACUGAUUCAAUUCAAAUGCAUUUGGUAAUACCUUAAUAAAGGCUCUUUUUCCAGGAUCCUGAAGUAGAGGGAUAAUUUAUCGGAGAACAGCUGGGCAGGAUGACAAACUCCCACCAAGUCUUCCUGAAAAACAUUGGUGUUGGGUUGUUGUGUUUUGUUUUGUUUUUUAAAAAGAAUAAUUCUCGAGAAUGCUUAGAGUGAAGCGGUGGGGAGAUUUCAGCGUUUGAUCAAGUAUUCUUAGAGAAAACACACACACAAAUCCACACUAGUGUCAGGGAAGAGUAAAAGGUAAAGGACCCCUGGACUGUUAAGUCCAGUCAAAGGUGACUAUGGGGUUGUGGCGCUCAUCUUGUUUUCAGGCUGAGGGAGCCGGCGUUUGUCCACAGACAGCUUUCCGGGACUAAACUGCUACUGGUGCACAGAGGACCGUAACGAGUGCCAGAGCGCAUGGAAACACCGUUUACCUUCCUGCCGCAGCGGUACCUAUUUAUCUACUUGCACUGGUGUGCUUUCGAACUGCUAGGUUGGCAGGAGCUGGGACAGAGCAACGGGAGCUCACCCCUUCGCGGGGAUUCGAACCGCCAACCUUCCAAUCGGCAAGCCCAAGAGGAUCAGUGGUCUAGACCACAGCGCCAACCACGUCCCUUAACAAACCCACACUACCAGAGGGUGAAGCAUGCACUGACAAUUCUUGCCAGGGAUCAUGGGACUGCCGUUUCCACUGCCUCCCAACUCAAUGUAGAAGGCAGAGUAACUCCAAGUACCAAUCUUGCCGGCAGGAAAUGACUGUCCUGGGGAAAUUGUACUAUCCUGCAGCCUGAUUUCCACUUAACAACUGAAUGGAAAGAGCUCUCCUGUCUCUGGCAAGCCCACCUCCCCAUCAGCUACCCCCUCCCUUCUCAAAGGAAAGAAGCUUUCUACUUGGAAAGGGUUUGGAACUUGCAAUGAGAGAUGGAUGACGUUACAGAUGAACCCCUUUUCGAACUGAACCCCGUCUGGGCACCACUUUGAAAUGGAGUGGAGCUUUUUCAGCUCACUCAUUUGUCUAAGGCAGACAUGAACACAACUCCACAGAACUUCGCCUGAAAACGGAAGAACAAGGCAGCGACUCCUUUGUAUUCAUUUAUGGCAACGACACAGCCUGAUCACCAGGAGGUGAUUCUUUUUACUUAGCCCAGCCACGUUCUAAGAAAUGCAGAAUGGUGAGAUAGAAGAAGAAGAGGAAGAAGAGUUUGGAUUUGAUAUCCUGCUUUACCACUACCAUAAGGAGUCUCAAGGGGAUGCGGGUGGCACUGUGGGUUAAACCACAGAGCCUAGGACUUGCUGAUCGAAAGGUCAGUGGUUCGAAUCCCCACGGUGGGGUGAGCUCUCGUUGCUCGGUCCCUGCUCCUGCCAACCUAGCAGUUCGAAAGCACGUCAAAGUGCAAGUAGAUAAAUAGGUACUGCUCUGGCGGGAAGGUAAAUGGCAUUUCCAUGCGCUGCUCUGGUUCGCCAGAAGCGGCUUAGUCAUGCUGGCCACAUGACCCGGAAGCUGUACGCCGGCUCCCUCGGCCAGUAAAGUGAGAUGAGCACCGCAACCCCAGAGUCAGCCACGACUGGACCUAAUGGUUAGGGGCCCCUUUACCUUUAAGGAGUCUCAAAGCGGCUAACAAUCUCCUUUUCCCUUCCUCCCCCACAACAAACACUCUGGGAGGUGAAUGGGGCUGAGAGACUUCAGAGAAGUGUGACUAUCCCAAGGUCACCCAGCAGCCGCAUGUGGAGGAGCAGGGAAUCGAACCCAGUUCACCAGAUUACGAGUCCACCGCUCUUAACCACUACACCACACUGGUAGUAGAGAGCUGGAGGAAUUAUACUUGUAGGUUUUCACCUUGUCCUCUGUCUUCCAGAUUACUGGCGUGUCCAUUUUGAGGGCUGGGGAGACCAUGGAGCCAGCGCUGCGGGCCGUCUGUAAGGAUGUCCGGAUUGGCACCAUCCUCAUCCAGACCAACCGGUAUACAGGGGAGCCAGAGGUAAAUAUCCAGGCCUGGUAUGGGGCAAGGGCUUAGUAGUGGCCUGAGCUACUUGGCCACCUAUCUAGCGGUAUCCCAAACACCUCAAAACUCAAGGCAUUGUUGCUCCACACUGUGGUCCUGUUAAUAUGGUUAUUGGUCAGUUUUGUGGCUUGUUAUUUUAUGAUUUUAAUGAGACUGAGUUUGGGGCGGUAUCCGGCUAACGUGUCCUUCCAGCACAAGGAUCUGUGCUCCUGCAAGAGAACUUCCCCUCCUUUCCCCCUUGCACCCCCUAAAUCUGUUCCAGGGGCUCCCCCAACCCAUCCAGAGCAGAUUUGGGAAGGGCUCUGGGUGCGCAUAGGGUGAAAGUUCUGUUGUGCAAGCAUUACACUGAUAUUAUUUGGAUACCAUCGUCAGUCUUUAAUUCUGAUAUUUUUGUAACCCGUCCUGGGUUUUUGGUCAAGGGCUAGCUAGAAGUGGGUUGCGGCCAACUAAAUUUUGGGUCUGCACCCAUUGAAACGGAUGUUUCCAUUAAUUUCAAUGGGUCUACUCUGAGCAUGACUUGCAUUUGAUACAACCCAUUAUCAUCAUCAUCAUUAUUAUUAUUAUUAUUAUUAUUAUUAUUAUUAUUAUACAGCAUCUUGUUCUUUGACAGCAUAGUUCACGCUACUUUAAGAGGGCUGAUGAUGGAGAAGCAGAGUGAUAACAAAGAUAUUUAAGCAGUUUUGCUCGAUAGAUACAGGCCAGUCCAAUGUCCUGUCCGGCUAGAUCAAAGAGAUCAGGUGGAUAUUGAAGGAGUCCGUUAAUUUUGUGUAGUCCAUCCUUUGCCCUCUGAGUGUCCUUCAAAUCUUUUGGACUACAAUUCCCGUCAGCCCAGCCACAAUGGGCAGUGGGGCAGAGUGGGCAUGAUUAAAACUUAAUAUUGCCGACAGUGCAAUGCUUUGCAGCUUUCUUUCCCCCCUUUUUUUUAAAUGAUGUUUAUUGAGAAAUUUAAAGUUACAAAGAAAGAAGAAAGAAAAGACAAGAGAAGGAGAAAAAGAGAGAAAGAAGUAGAUAAACAUAACAAUUAAACAAUACAGAUCAAUAAAAACCAAAGUCAUAAAAAAUAACAAAACACACAAUACAUCUAAAUCAAAAAACAAGAAUAAACAAACAAUUAAAAAACAAAUCUAAUAUUCCCAAAUCCUUAACUUUCAUUAACUUAUUUCAACGACCUCCUCACACCUCCCUUUUUUGUAUUCUAGUUGUUAAUUAUCUCAGCAAAUCCUUUCCAUCUUUCACAAUAUUCUGUCAUUUUAAUUACCUUAAUCUGUUUUAACCUUAUCUUACCUAAAAAGCCCUAAAACUUAAAACUUAUAUAUACCAAAUUCUUUUAACCAUAACAUAUUCUUUCAUAAUUCUUUUUGACAUUUCUGCUAGAGCCAAAUAAUUUCAUUCCAACAUUUUUCUAAUACUUAUUAAUUUUACAAUACUUUUCUAAAUAAAUUUUGAAACUUUCUUCCAAUCUUCAUCCAUCAUCUCUUCUUCCUGAUCUCGGGUUUUGUCAGUCCUUUCUCGUCUAUCUAAUCCAUCAACCUGCUGCUCUUAUGUCCGAGGCUCUUAAAUCUUUUCCAUGUCCCUUCUGCAGGUCUUCUUCUUGUUUAUACCUGCCCUUUACUUUAUCUUUUGUUGAUCUUUUUCUUAUUUCCUUUCCUUUCUCAUUGGGGGGGUAGGUCUCGGGAGGACUCCAAUCCAAAAGUAUCUCCAUCUCUCCUCAGCAGAUCAGCCCAUUCCCCACAGUCCCAUUCCCCACAGUCAACACUUUAAUCCAGAAAGUAUUUAAAAGCAUGUUUCAAAGUCUUUCCAAAAUUAAGAGCCCUCACAACUCCAGACCCCCCCUGGUCCACUCCAGAUUCGAACUUCAAGAACAGCGGCUUAUACUCCUGCAAGGCCUCAGGUCUCUCCAUUUGUGUUAUUUGAGGUUCAACAACAACCUCCUCCAUUUUCUUCUGCCCUUGCGCUUGCCCUAUCAAAACAGAUUCCUGGGCUGGUUCCUGAAUGGUUUCUAUAUGGGUAUUCGCCGUUUGUCCAAAGUUUUUUACUGCGACAGUCAUCAAAUCCAUCUUCUCAUGCAUCUGCUCCAGCAAAGCACUUGUCUUGCAAAGAGCAAGCACCAAGACUUCUUGUAAACACAUUUUUUCCCCCCAAGGUUAGAGUCUGGUCUCACGAUCCUAAUCAUACAGCUGUGAGGUCCCCAGAUCAGCUCCGGCAACAAAUUAACAAGCUCCCUCUAGAGGAGACAAUUUCUAUUUGUAUCCAUCUUUUAAAAGCAGGACCAACAAGGAAAAAUUACUUUCACUUUUCAAAUACUUUGUUUCUUUUGAUUGCAAGAAGCAACAUUUGAAUCAAUAUAUUUCUCUCUCUCUUUUUUUUUUUUUUAACUAUCUGUCAAAAGACGUUCCGUUCACAGUCGAUGAACUUUCCCCAUAAAUUUCUGUCUCUGACACCCUGUUCCCAGGUUUGAGACGGUGGAAAAUUUUUCUUUCUUUACUCUCUCUCCUGCAGGCUUAAACAGUCAAAAAUCCCCUCGUUUCUCCUGCUUCCAAGAGGGGUUUUGGUGGUGAUGAAUGAAGGAAAUUUAGAACUUUAUGUACGACUUUCCAGACUUUAGCUUACAAAGUUUUUGCUUCCAUCUAUUUACAAAAAACGGGAGGCGGACUUCCUGUUUAGAACCUUCCCGUUUCGGUGCCAAAUUAAAAUAUUUCUUAAUACUUAAUCCAAUUUUCCAUUCUACUCACGGGUACUUGUUUAGAGUCCAAUUGUCCACAGGAAAAGGUCAGCGCUCUCCGGCAACGGCUGUGCGGCUUCACUCCGUAAAAGUAGCGGUUGAUUCAAAACACCGCGCCACUCACCCCACGUCGCUUCGGACCCCCGAAAAAGGGUUUCCCUGCGAGUAGGGGAGGCGCUCCUGGUGUCAGCCGAAUCCCACGUUCCCAGGCUUCCUCCGCCUGGGAUUUUUAAAGGGUCUCCGCCUUCGCCGCGGCGGCAAGACCCGAUUUUCACGGAGCGGGUUCCUCUCUGUCAGAGGAACUCCGCCAUUGCCGAUGGCGCUGUCCCGGAAGUCCUGCUUUGCAGCUUUCUCUGACCUAGAGCUUUCCAGAAGUUGUUGGCCAAAACACCUGGAGGACACUAGGUUGGGGAAGACUGGCCUAGUCUAUAUCCACCUCUGGGCUCACUUGAUGGUACUUGCCAACUUUUGUCUUGGGGGAUGUGGGUGGCCACAAUGUGGGUGGCCCUAUGCAAGGAAUGAGCAGGGCAGUCCUGCUGGAGACACUUCACUCCCAGCUUGCCAUCUCCGAACGCUCCCUUCCUCCUUCUUCCUUCUCCAGCUGCAUUAUCUGAGGCUUCCGAAGGACAUCAGUGAAGAUCACGUGAUCCUCAUGGACUGUACGGUCUCUACAGGAGCGGCAGCCAUGAUGGCUGUGAGGGUGUUGCUGGUAAGGGAGGCAGGUGGCGUGGGACCACUUUGCCUUAGCUGUUGGGAGAGAAGGAAAGAGGCUGUUGGGAGGGAAGGGAAGAGGCUGUUGGGAGGGAAGGAAAGAGGCUGUUGGGAGGGAAGGAAAGAGGCUGUUGGGAGGGAAGGAAAGAGGCUGUUGGGAGGGAGGGAAAGAGGCUGUUGGGAGAGAAGGAAAGAGGCUGUUGGGAGGGAAAGGAAGAGGCAGUUGGGAGGGAAAGGAAGAGGCUGUUGGGAGGGAGGGAAAGAGGCAGUUGGGAGGGAAGGGAAGAGGCUGUUGGGAGGGAACGGAAGAGGCAGUUGGGAAGGAAGGAUAAAGGCCUUUGGGAGGGAGGGAAAGAGGCUGUUGGGAGGGAGGGAAAGAGGCAGUUGGGAAGGAAGGAUAAAGGCCUUUGGGAGGGAGGGAAAGAGGCUGUUGGGAGGGAGGGAAAGAGGCAGUUGGGAGGGAAGGAAAGAGGCCAUUGGGAGGGAAGGGAAGAGGUAACAGCACUCCCCUCUGAACAUUAGAAAUGAAGGGAACAAUGCUGAGUAUUUCAUCUGACUGUCCGCCUGAAGCAUAAGCUGGGUGUGGGAAAACCAGAUGUUGCUGAACUACAAUUCCCACCAGCCCUAGCAGGCACAGCCAGUGACCAGGGUUGUUGGGAGUUGUAGUUCCGUAACACCCAGAGGGCCAGAGGGCAAGCUGGGGAGUGAAACUAAAUGGCCAAAACCCUCUUCUUUCUCGUAGGACCAUGACGUCCCAGAGGACAAGAUAUUCCUCCUCUCCCUGCUGAUGGCCGAGAUGGGCGUCCACUCUGUCGCUUACGCCUUCCCGCAGGUGAAGAUCAUCACGACCGCCGUGGACAAGAAAGUGAAUGAUCUCUUCCGCAUCAUCCCUGGUAUUGGUGAGUGGCCAGGGUUAGGAGGUCCUGCCCCUGGUCUUGAGCCAGCGAAGCGUCUGAAUGCCCGUUACUGGAAACCUCAAGAGGGGAGAGUUUCUCUCAUGCUCAGAUCCCAGUUGUGUGUUUCCACUGUGAGAACAGGAUGCUGGACUGAAGUGGCCAUUGGUCUGAUCCAGCAACCAGCUCUUCCCUAUGUUCUCACGGUUGUCAGAUCCCUGGAAAAGCUUUUGAGUUUUUCAUUCUCUCAUGGCUCAGAGCUGCUUGCAAGCAAUAAUAUAAUUCCUAACCACUACCACUGAUGUAGAAAAUAAGGGGUCGUUUCUUAGCAUUGUGGUUUUUCCCCCCCUAGCUGCAGAGAGUUUGAAUAAGGCAGGCAUAGGUAAAUUCAGCCCUCCAUAUGUUUUUUGAGACUACAACUCCCAUCAUCCCUGACCACUGGUCCUGUUAGCUAGGGAUGAUGGGAGUUGUAGUCCCAAAACAUCUGGAGGGCCGAGUUUGGGGAUGCCUGGAAUAAGCCAUCUGAAGCCAGCCCUGUAUAGGAAAGCUUUUUAAUGUUUGAUGUUUUACUGUGGUCUUACAAUUGUUGGAAGCCACCCAGAGUGGCUGCGGUAACCCAGUCAGAUGGGUGGCAUAGAAAUGUAAUAAUAAUAUUAAUAAUAAUAAUGGUAAAAACAAGAAAAAUAAUUCCAACCAGGGCAAACCAGUGGGUCCCACAAAGCAGACUUCUUUUCAGCGUAUGACAAAAGCCGGACAAUGGAGAUUCAUCUCUGUGGGGAGUUUCAUAAUUUAGGGUCUGCCUCAGAGAAAGCCCUCUCCUUGGCCAGCUUUCCAAACACUUCCGAGGUUGCUGGAAAUACCCAAGAGAGUCUCCUCUGCCAGAUUUAACACCCGAGAAGUGGGCAAGGCUUCAAGCACGCUCCUGCCACCACCUCGAUUUGUGAAGGUGGCAAAUUUCUAGGAUUUGCUGAACGCGCAUGAAACGGGUUGCAAGAAUGAGAAUCUAGCAGAAGGAUUUGGGGUUUUUUGCCAGACGGGAACGUUCUGGGCACAUCUCUGAAUAGCACAGACACAGCUCAACGUACUUCCUACGUGCACAAGGGUUUCUCGUAGCUCUUCCUAAUUCCCGUUCCCUCCUGCCUCCCUCUAGGAAAUUUUGGAGACCGAUACUUUGGCACGGAUGCGCCUCCCGACUGGAGUGACGAAGAAGACCUCCUGGACUCGUAGCAAGCUCCUCUUUUGUAAAGGAACCACUCUGGAGGGAAAGAGGUUUCUGCACUGCACCUUAACCCCCCAAAACGCCCCCCCCCCCAACAUUUGCAAAGAGACUAUCGCACUGCACCACAGUUUUUUCUUACUCAUCUUCCAUCAGAGGCCGUGGCUGAGAGCCUAUUUUUUUGGAAAUGGAGAGGAUGACGAGAGAUGCUUGCUGCCUUUUUUUACGUGCUCAAGAGCGUUUCUGAGCCUAGAGGCAAUGUAUUUUAAUUUAAAGAUUUACUACAACUUAUUUUAUUAAAAAAAGAGAGAAUGUUUCAGCUA